GAUCUUUUAUUUUUUGAACGUCGGAAGCGAAGCUUUUGAUAUGUGUGUUUGUGCGCGUGUGGAGCAACCAAACGCCGCCGCAGAAAGUAGUAAACAGGGGGAGGGGAGAGAGACCACGCGGUCCGGGCUCCGCGCCCAUCCAACCUCCCAGUCUUAAAAACUUGUCCUGGACAGCCAAAGCCAACUUCGCUUCUCCCUCCUUUGUGUGUUAUGCGAGCUUAAAACCUGCAGCUAUCUAAUUGAGGCGUUGGGAUUCCUCACGUGAGAAGUUGAUUUGUAGUUUGAACACGUGGCUCAUUCAAAAAGCCGGAAUAUUCAAGUGAUUUCUCUCUCUCUCUUUCUCUCUCUCUCCUCCCCUCUCCUCCUCCCACUCUGUUUUUUUUUUCCCCCUUCCCUUCCUCCCUUUUUGGGAGGGGCGGUGCCUACAUUCACGUAUUGUAACAUUUUCAUACUCCGCCUGCUGCUGCCAAAGGGGCUUGGGGGCAAGACAAAAAAAGUAGUUUCUCUGCCCCCCAUCUCUCCUCCCUUUCCUAUCUUUUCUUUUUUUAAACCGCCAUCCUAGUUCCAAAAGCGUCGUGAUUUCCACUAUCGGUUCGGAUAACGUUGUGAACCUUCAGUAUUCGGAUUUGGUCACGGGCUUCUUUCCUUUUCCUUUUUUUUUUAAACUGGUGUGUGUGUGUGAGAGAGAGAGAGGGAGUGAAAGAGGGAGAGAGAGGGGUGGGUGGGGGACGGACGGAUACAAGCUGCAGUUGUGUGUUUGUGUGUUUUUAAAGCCCCUUGGCAUUUUUAUUUUACUCCCUGGAUCGUUUGAGGGGGCGUUUAUAUAUAUUUUUUGCAUUAUUGUUACAAGACGGCGCGUGGUGGUGGCGUCGUCGCCGUCGUCGUGGUUUUUUUUAUUUUUACAAAAACAUUACUAUUAAGCAGAGCUCUAUUUUUUUAAUUAAAACGAGAAGAUGAACAAGCUGUACAUCGGGAACCUGGGCGAAAACGUAAGCCCUCUGGAGCUAGAAAGUCUCUUUAAAGAGUCCAAGAUCCCUUUCACCGGCCAGUUUCUCGUGAAGACGGGAUACGCGUUCGUGGACUGCCCCGAUGAGAACUGGGCUAUGAAGGCCAUCGAGGCACUUUCAGGUGGGUCCUUCUCCUCCUCCUCCUCCUCCUCUUCCACCGGCGUCUCCGCUUUUGGUCCCCAUUAUCCAUCCUCCUUUCUUCCUGGGCGCCAUCCUGCCCCUUCUCCUGCUCAGACCCCGAGCUAUUACUCCUACCCACCCACCCACCCCUGGAGGGCCACUCGGCUGCCCGCAACGCUUUCAAUCGAAAUGACCGGCCGCGCAAGGAUGCCCCGGUUUGUAGCCGAGGGCAGUUGCUCGGCCAGGCGUCGCCGCGCUGGGUUGAACUGAAUUUAUUUCGGAGGGCUUCGGCGGCGUUAUAAUCUGGGGCCUUGAACGAGGGGGGGGGGGUGAGGCUAAGGCUGCUGGUGCUGCUGGGCCGGCCUUCUGCUCUCCUCUUCUCCCCCACCCACCCCCAUUUGCAACUCUUAGACGCGCAAACUGUUGGCUUUAAGAAAACCUCGCCCCCCUCACCCCCUCCCCUAAUGGGGAGCGGGAAUGGGGAGCGCGCAAGGCCGCUGCGCUUGGAAGAGCUUCUUUCCCCACAUUCCUAGCAUGAGUAUAUAAUCUUAAAAAAAUAUUGGCGGAGAGGUGUGCGCGCGCGAGGUGAAAAGAGAGCUGCGUUUGCGGGAGGAGGAGGGGGUGGGGAGCGAGGCGCGCAAAAAACAUCGCCCCUUCCGCGCGCGCGGGCGGGCACGCUCCCGUUCGCUCGCCUCAGACGCAUGCCAGGGCCCAGCCAGCAACCGCCAGUCUCCCCCCCCCCACACUUGCGAGGGGUUUCUCCGUUCGCCACAAGAGCACCUCACACGCGCGCACGCGAAAACCCUCGGCCUCCCCGCGCUCUGGCGGGAGAUGCCGGAGGGCAGGUGGCGGGGGAGAAAAGUGAGGGGGGUGCCCCCCCACAGACACCCCGCCAAGGGCAAACGCCCUCGGUCCGCGGCGCAAAGUCGCGCCAGCCUCCCUCUCAAUUCGGUGCCCUCGCUCGGCUCCCUCUGAGCGAGGGCGCGCAAUCUCCCGGCUUGCUCAAAGCCUUGGCGUGUUAACACGAGACGCCAAACUUUGGACGUGUAAACGGAAAGGCCCCCUGUUUUCCCGCUCCCCACGGCGCGCUUGGGAGAAGUCGAGGCCUGGAGGCCCGGCUAGGGUGCGUGCGCGCGCCUGCACCUUGGGGGUCAUUUAUUUCGCUUUCGCUUUGGGCUCUCGCGCCCCGAGUAAAGCAUGUCAGUUUUUCUUAGCUUCUCUUCUACAUCCUGUUUUUGUGUGUGUGCGCGCGCGAAAGGCAGCUUGGCGGGCUGAACGAGGGAGGGUUGUUUGGUUGGUUGGGCGGGCUUGUUUGGGUCUUGGUUUUUGCUCUACUCCGCUCCCUGGGGGACGAUGGGGGGGCGACUUUGGCCCAGCGGGUCGUGGUAGGAGGGGGCUUAUGAAAAGAGCUUAAACGGGUGCAUUUCCAGGGAAAAACGCGUGGGGAGCACACUCCUUUUUCACCCAAACCACCAGUUCCUGUUUCCUCGUGACGAGUUCUUAGAGGCCUGUUAAUCUCAUCAGGGGAGGCGUACAUAUAUGCAUGUGUGUGUGUGUAUGUACAACUGAGUUUUAACGUAUCACGCUGGAGGAUAGCAGAGGUUAAAAGAGAAUAACUUCCUGCUUGAGAGUUGCCCUGAAUACAUUUUCAACCAUUUCUCUCGGAACUGGCUCUACUGUACGCCAGGUUCUUGGCGUGUGGCUAUUUAUCAUUCCCACCAUGCUUCAGUUGCUGCCCUGUAACUUUUGGUGAGCAAACUCUAUAACAUGUUGCAUUUGUGUUUCCUUUGCUGUUUUACAUCAUCAUAAAUUCAUAUCGGGAGUAGGGGUGGGAGAGCACCCAAUUAAUUCUAAAACCACUUGUAUUACUGUUUGUAGGUAAAGUUGAACUGCAUGGUAAACUCAUAGAGGUUGAACAUUCAGUUCCCAAAAGACAAAGGUACGUAAUGAAUUUAUUUUCUUUUAUCCCCCCCCCUUUGCGAAUGGAAAUCUUCAUCAAUCAGAAGAAACUGGAAGCAAGUUGAUCUGAUGUUUAGCAGCCUAAACAUCAAUUAUUACUUUGUGAUAUUAAAUCACUCAUUAAUUUGUGAUAUUCAGUAAUGUUGUUCUUAUAUUAAUGAUGAAUGCUGUCAGGUACCUGUGGCUUUAAAAGAAAGUUGAACAGUCAUAGAUGGUCAAGAGUAAAACAUUUGAACAAUUUCAUAUUGUAAUUAGGAAGUAGUGGAGCAUUAAGAAUCAGUGUGUUGAACCAUGAAAUAGACAAACUACAAACAUCUUGCCCAUCUCGUGUUUUUGUUGAAGUUUGUAUAAUAUUUAUGUAGAGAAAGUUUUAUUUGAGUCUGUAACCCCACUUAUGUUGGAGUAAGCCCCAUUGAGUAGACAUGAUUAAGAUUGCACUGCAAGCUGACGUAUUUCUUUAUCACCAAAUAUUUCUGUAUGGCAAUAUGGGAGCCUUUUUUUUUUAAUGCAAGGUACAGUUGAUACAUAGUUAACUUUUUCUGUUUUUUGUGAAAAGAAUACUUUACACUGAGUAAUACAGCUUCUGUGGGCCAGGUAGAUACAAAGGUUGCUUGAAUCUAAAUCAAAAACUUUCCUGGAGUAGUUAAAUCUGCUUUCAUAAAUGCAUAGAUUAUGAAGCAAUCUUUAUCGUGCUGGUAUCUCACAUUUAACAGAUGCUUCUUCAAAAUCGUAUUCUGUACCUAGGCAAGAAUACAGUCCAGAUGAAAAAGCUUUUCUUAAAGAGACAGGCAUUUUUAGGCCUCUAAAAUACUUGUUUGGAAGUGUUAGCUGCUGAUUGUUAUCUUUUACUUUGUGGAAUUAAAAUAUGCAAGGCUUAUUGAACGUUGUAUGAAAAUUUACGUUGGAACCAGAAGAGAUUUGUGGACAAAUACAAUUAGGAAGCAACCUCUGUUAAUGUAUUAAGGCAUAUUGUAUCUAUUGGCAUGCAUUCUGGUAUGCUUAAUACUUGUUUGGUUUACACACUCUGUCUGCAUUGAAAAUGGAGUAAUUCAACUUUACUAGUAAUAUCUGUUUACUUAAAGGAUCAAUUCUUUUGUGUACCCAAGCCAUUUUAUAAGUAUUUUCAGUAUAGUAUAAUGUAAGGUAGUAAAGUAAUGGUUGUAUGUGUAAAUGGAAAUCUUACUGUACUCCAGAAAUACUUGUAAUAGUAAAUUUUAAUUAUGUUGUCUUGUUGUUGUGGUGUAGUAAUGAAAAUGUGAUUUAAAAAUAUUCACUUCCUGAUUCUUACUUUUUUCUUCCUUUCCUCCUUUUUGGUGUGCAGUUAAAAAUGAUGUGCAUUAAUGCUACAAGUAGCUUUGAAGAAACAUGUGAAAAUUUGUUUAAAGUAAUUUUGUGAUGCACAAAAUUUUCUUUUUUAAGAUUUUUGCUAUAUUUUCAUCCUUAAUAGGAUUUUAUAUAAUGGAGAUACAAAUCUUUAAUGAAAUAUACAGACACAUGUGCUUUGUGGACUUAAGCAUCUUUGAUAUGGAACCUAAUUUAAAACAUAGGCUGCAAUUCUAGUUAUGUUUUGGAAUAAUUCCCAUUGAACUCAGUGAGACUUGCUUCAUACUGAAUCAUGCAUUGGACUGUAAAGUAUAAUCUCUGUGUUUGUGUUUUAUAGCCAACAUUUCAAAAGUGUGCCAUUCUUCCGCUUUGUAUCUAAGGAAUGGACUUUCUGUGCCAUGGAGCUAUCUUGUGUAGUGUACAGAUAAAUAACUGUCGUAAUGUCCUACCAAAAAAAGAUGAAGAAAUAAUGUUAUUUACAGAUGUUUCUCUGAGUUCAUGUAAGACUUCCAGAUCAAUUGAUCUGUACAUCAUAAGAUGUAUCUAGGAAUUUGCUGUUUUGGAACCCUAGGUUAAAUUACUUCUUCACCCUUUCAUUUCUUAAACUCUCUUCCUCCCUCCCUUUUUCAUUUUAAACAGAGGGUGCAUGCAGUUAUUACCAGUGGGUCAGGGACUUUUGGUUGGAUAAAUGCUUCAGUUAGAAUUAAGAAGUAGUUUGAUACAGAAUAUGGUGGAGUCCCAUAAAAUAUAUUUAUUUAAAUGUAUUAAUAUUUUUCAAAAAGUUCAAAGCAGUGCACAGUAGUAUAUUAAUCUUUAUCAUUGAGCACUGCUGAUACGAAUGUUCUCAUCUGUCUGGUUAUAGAUCUACUUCUAUAGAAUAUAUAGUUCAUGCUGUGUAGUUAUAGAUAUUCUCCCUUCAUUCAUUUUGGUGAAAUUGUGCACUAGGGGUAGACACGGGAAUAUUGUUAAUCCAUAUCCUCUCAUAAUAGUGUCAGGAGCUCUUACAAAACUAAAUUAAAUUUGAAAGGCCAGUCUCUGUAAAGCUAGCCUGGUUUGUUAUUUAAAGGGAGUUUUAAGGCUCAGCAGUUGCAUUCCAGCAGUUUGGACUUUUAGAUUGAAAGAGGACACACCCACACUCGCAAAAGCAACCUUUAUACCUGCUGUGAAAGGCUGUUUAGGACUGUGGUGUUCUAGAAUGGUCGUUGAGACAGGCAAAUAGGCUAUAUUGUGAUUGAGUUGGGGUAGAGGGAAUGGUCUAGAUUUUAGUUGAGAGCAGAGAGAGAGAGGGAGAGCUGUUGGUAAUAUGGCUCUAGCCAGAAGCUGAUUUUUGUCUUACUAUGGAAACCUCAAGGGAAUAUGAAAGGAAUGUAAAAUUUUUGCAUUCAUAACCUCGUGGAUCAUAGAAAACCUCCAGAUACUUGAGGGAAGCUUGGAUCACUUCAUUCAAAACUUGGAAACGGCAUUGUAACAAUGUGGGCUGCUAGUCACAUGUUAUAAAAAGAAUGUGGAGUAUUCUUAGCUGUGAUCAUCAGCUACCACAAAUGUUUGGGAAACAAUUAUGCAAAACAAGAUAGUACAUGUAUAUUGGAAAACUUUUGUACAAGCCCUUUAGAUACUCCCUAGCUUGCCACAAGAGCAGCUGUUAUCUUGGUGGGGCAAUAUACAUACUGGAAACUGAUUAUUCAAAUAGCACUGAUGUCAUUUGUUGUGUGAUGGAUGGUUUAGCUUGGUAGGGAGGUGGGUGGGGAUCUGAUACUGGCCAGCUGGGGGCUGCAUAUUGAGUCAGUACUUGAUAAGCUUGAGUCUUGUUAAAUCCUUGUAGAUUUCGUAUUUCUGACAUUUAUGCACUAAAACUAGAAUCCGUAUUAUAGUACUGUUUCUGCUUCAAGGUUGGAUGCCAACCCAUUUUUGUAUCACUUUUGUUUUCCCCUGUGGGUUUCAAAACAAAAUUUCAUGUUUCCCUAACCACAUGGGAGUGAUGGUUUGGUUUUCAGAAACUGAACCACAACAUAAGGUUGGGCUGUGUUGUAAUCAGGAUUUCUCUUAUUCAUUGUGAAUACCGUGCCAAGUGCAAUACAGAAUUUAUGGAAUCAGCAAAUUUUAAAAGCAAAAACAGCUUAGCCUUUGGAUAAUUUGGUGCUGAAAGUAUUUAGGCAAGGAAGAAGGCUGAGGAUCCAGUGAUGAUUUGGGGUGAGGUGGGAGCUCAGGUAGCUAUUACAGUUAUUACAUUGAGCAGAUGUUGUGCUCUAUGUUCCUCUUCGUGUCUUCCAUGCAGCAACACAUUAUUUGCUUCUUGUGCUUCAUUCUACAUCUGCCUUCCUAUCCUAUACAAAACUGGUCUUUGCAAAGCAUAUCAAGUUUUGUUUAGAGUCACUUCAAGCCAGCAGGUUACAAAAUUCAGCUUUAUAGUUUCCAAAUAUUUGUUUAUCAAAACAUGUGUAUCCUUCCCUUUUGGUGGGCUAACAAAAUUUUAAAAAAUAUAAAAAGAACAAUAUAAAACAUAACAGUUUAAAAACAAACAUAAAAAUAUUAUCUGCCACAUAUACCAAAAGCCUGUCAGAAUAAAACAGUUUGUUUCUACAUUAGUUAUUUAAAAAAUUAUGUGAAUACCUCAAAGAUCUGUUAAAAUGGCAUGUCCUAAAAUGGGAUGGGGAAUUUAUGACCCUCCAAAUGUUGUUGGACUCCCAGCAACCCAGCCCCCACAUGGUUAGUGAUCGGGAAUGAUGGGAGCUGUAGUACAUCAUCAUCAUCUGGAUAGCCACAGGACUCUUGCCCCUGGUCUGGAGAAAGUACAAAUCUUUUAUAAAGUGUAAUUUACAGUUUGCAGUCCUUCAUAUCAAAGAAAAAAAACCUUUAAUGUCUGUGGCAGCAUGAUAAUCUUACUGUAUUUUGGGCAGAGUUCUAAGUAACGUUCAAUAUAAAUUAUACUAAACAUCCAUAGAAAGUAUAUGGCUAUUUGGACCUUUUUAAAUGUAGGAAACUGAAACUCUUCUGACAGUUCUUGUUAAUUUCUGUGUGAUACAAAGUAAUUUGUAAUUUCAGUGUGAUACAAAGACUGACCCUUCCAAAAUGGAAUGUAAGGUAUGGUGCUGCUGGAAAAUGUCUUUUCAUCAAUAUGUUUUCAUGUUAGUAGAUAAGCUUGAGGAUGCUUCAGUAAGUCAGUAUGACUAAAAGAAUAACCAUGGGGAACCACAUCUAACACCUUAUACUGAAGCAGGAUUGUCCAUUUCUAAACCAUCCCAAUACAUAGAUUUGGUUAGUAACACACAGUUAGCAUUUAAAUUUGUUUCCUUCCAAUGUAAGCCUUUUGUAUAUUAGUUUAGGAAAUAACACUUCUGACCCUUGUUGCUCUUAUUAAUUGGUAUCCCAUUCGCACUUUUUCCUGAUCAACAAAGCAACCCUAAGUUUGUAUUCAUAUAAUGUGAAUCUGCCCCUGGCUCCAUUGAAUGGAAGGGCAGGGUAUAAAUUUUAUAAAUUCAGAUAAAUAAAUCUGUCCUCUUACUUGCCGUUGCUAUUCUUCUAAAAAUAGUGUUUGUAAAACCCAAAUCCAGACUUGAUUACAUGUCUGAGUUAGAAUAGGAUGCUUUCUCUGAGUAGUAGAAAAUGCAAUUAUAUUUUGUUCAGAAUGAAUGAUAUUAUUUCAAUAAUUCCUUAAAGAACUGAAAUGUGGCAUUGCUGAACUAUUUGACUGCGCUUUGCAAGUUAUAAUUCAGGAGGUGAUCAGUGCCUUUCUCCCUUUAAAGCCAUCAGAAACGGAGGGUGCAAGGAUGUGCAGCUGCUAACUCUUGCAGCUUCUUUUCUACUUUGUGGCUAUAAAGUCAGAUGGUAGGGGAGGGAGUGACGCAGUCUUUGGUUGUAUAUGUUGCUGUACUAGGCUUCCUUGCUAGGAAUAAAUGCCGGCAUGCUGUGGCUGCCCACGAACUGGGCACACUCUGUUCCUGCCAGGUCUGAGGGAGACAGCACAGACAUGGCAGCCACUGUGUAAUGCUGUAUUUCACCAGCUGGAUUAACACAGAUGAACAUUCUACAACAUAUUCUGAGGGGGCCCUCAGGCCCUAUAGUUAAUACUUGUAGAUAAUUAUUACUUAAAUUUAUUUGUUAAAAUAGCUUUUCCCCAAAAAAGUUUUCCAAAUUGGUUUAUGUAACAAAAUGCACAGGCGCCAAACAACAAAAUUAUAUAAAUAACAGUAUAAAAACAGACGCAGGGGAUAAAAUUGUUACAAAAGCCUUAUGGAAGAAGUGUGCCUUUUCUUUUUUGAUUGGGGAGAAAGGGUCUAAUUAGGUUGUGAUUACUUGGAAAUCAGAUCUCAGGGGCAUUGUAGAUAGAAGGCUGAGUAAAAUAAGCGGUACAGUGUGGUGUGGCAGUGAAAAAUUGCAAAUUAACUUGUUAGGAAUUGCUGGGUAAGGAGUUGAAGCUUUUAAGUACCUGUGACAAAACGUUAUUGAAGGGGAGAAGAAGGUCAAGGCAAAGAGGAUGAAAUUGCUUUCGUCCUUUUACCAUCCCAUUUUCCCACAUUGCCCUGCUCAACAGAUAGCUCAGGUUCUCCUCUGGUUGAGCAAAUGAGUCAGAGUAGUGGCCUUUCAGUCCCUACAAUGCCUUUGUUGGCUGAAUGUUGUAUAUGUGAGCUCUCUCACUCCUGACUAAGCCUCAAAGUCAUCUUAGGGGUUUGUCUUGGAAAUGAACAUAGCAAAGCAUGCUGCCGAUCUCAAAACACUCAAAACAGUGGCAUAGUUAAUGAAGGGGAAGAUCUGUUCUCAUUCCGUUUCCCCUCUGGCAACCUCCCUAUUAAACCCAACUCCAAGGGAAGCAAAUUUUGUGAUGUGUCACUUCCUGAAGCCAGCACACCUCCCCAACAUCUUUACAUUUUGAGAUGGAAUGGUCCCUCGCGACUUUAAAGAUAUUCUUUGGCACCUUAGGAGGUGCCCAUUUCAUGGGGCCAAUUUCAUUUUACCUUGUGAGAUUCCUGAAGUUGAAGAAUAGGUUCACUCUGGUCAUUUAAAGGAGUCUGUAUGUGGUGAGGUGAUAGGUUUGAUGAGGUGCAUAUUCUCCAAGGCUGCAUCUCUCUUUUGCCUCAGACACGAAGACCUGCCAGUCUCAGCUUCUCUUCAGCCUUGAUUCCAUAGCCUUUGAUUUCCACAGCUCUUUGGGUACGCUAAUGUGCAGGAACAGGAGCAAUCUGCUGCCCUGUAUGUAACAUGCCAUUUCAGUAGUAUAGGAUGUGAUGGUUGAACCUAGAAUUGCGUGUGUGAUUCAGUUUCUCCCCAACCAAAAAAGGAAGACCUGGGAAAAGUAUAAUAAACAAAAUUACAAAUGCUUCCCAGGCAAAGGAAGCUUAAUUAAUGCUACCUGUACCUCUUGGGUGCUGAGUUGAAUAAUAUCCAGAAGAAUCUUACUUUUGAUCAGCGUUACAUUUAGUUAUAUACUCAUCCUCCAUGUUGAUUGUUGUAAUGUGGUGAACAGAGUCUACGGUAUUUGUCCUCCUGUUUUUUAAAAAGUAAAUCAGAAUGCUCCAAAGCAAAAGUUGAUACCUGAGUGUGGCUUCUCUAGAUAUUGUGGACCUACUUCAGGAUUUCCGAUAUUUACUUCUAACUUGGAUUACAAUCAUUUAAAUGGAACCCAAAGGUUCAGGUUGCUACAAGUAAAAAGUAAAGUGCUUGCAGAACAGGUAUCACUAGUUGACUGAACUGGCUGUUUUCUUUAGAAGAUACAGUUGUACCUUGGAAGUUGAACGAAAUCUGUUCUGGAAGUCUGUUCGACUUCCAAAACAUUUGAAAACCAAAUCACGGCUUCUGAUUGGCUGCAGGAAGCUCCUGCAGCAAAUCAGAAGAUCCGUCGGAUAUUCGACUUCCAAAAAUAGUUUGCAAACCAGAACAGGCACUUCCAGAUUUGCGACGUUUGGGAGCCAAAACGUUCGGGAACUAAGCUGUUCGAAAACCAAGAUACGACUAUUCUUCGUUUAUUUAAUCGAUACAUUGACUACUUUGAAUGUGUACUGACUCUUGGACCUAUGCACGUCUCUCUUUAAUGGAGAAGUAACAAGUACCAAAGUUGCUUUAGUCAAAUGUCUGCAUUAAUUAGCUCAUCAUGUACAGUUUGCAUAUUGAGAGUAGUCUGCCAAAGUGAUUAGUCCCUGUUUGUCUGUGAAUGGCAAUGGACACAUUUUCCUAUAUCUAUUAGAAAAAGAAAUAAAAUAAACCACAGGCGCAAAGGCUAUUUUGGUGAUUAAUAUUUCUGCGCUGGCUGAGUAAGCUAACAUUGUCUCAGUGGGAUGGUUCAUUUGAGAUUCCUAAUGUGAAGUUUUUGGAAAUGCAAGUGCUAAACCUUAUUGGAACUGGACAGAUGUUCUUCAGUACUUUGAGGUCUAAUCAGCACAAAGGAACAUGGGACGCUCCAUGUGAACAUUUUCUAAGUAUUAUACCUGUGCAUUUACUUUUUGCUUGAACACUUCAUCAAGAAUUCCUCUUUAAAGAGAGUCUGGAGAGCCUGUGUUAGUGAAUGCUUUUGAUUAUUACUCCUUGUCCAUGUAAUUUGUUUCUCUCCUUGGUCAAAUGAAACGUGCUUCAUUUAAUCCUGAAUAAGGUGUUCCUCUUUCUCUGGCUGUGUGCAGACACAGGGGACUCUCAGAGAAAUAAUGAUUUGCUGCUUGUAGUUUGUGCUCUUACUCUGUCGGUGCACUUUGAGUUUUAUCAUCCUUCGGUAGUACACAAUUAUCAAAUGUAGAUGAUUCUAUAAACAGUCAUUCUAUAAAUAGGCAGGAGUAGAAGAAAGUCACAAAAAAGCUAGUUUAAAUUGUGUAGAGAAAAUUUACAAUAUGUUUUGAGAGAAGCUUUCUAAUGUUCCUUUUAUAAGCCAUACAAAUGUUAUUAUUUUCCUGCACCUUUUAAAUACGUGAAAGUUUAAAAUACUUACGUUAGAGCCCUUUAAUUCUAGAAAUCUAAAAGAUGAGUCUGUUAAUGGAGCUCAGUUCUUGCCUAUCAGAUGUGUCUGAAAUGGCAUUUACUUUACAUAAGGAAUAUUUUGAAAUGUUUAGUUUAUAUAGAAGAUGUCAUUAAUUUUGGCUUAGAUGUAGCAUAUUCAUGUCUUGCUUCACACAUGAAAGCACUUAUCUAUAUGUAAAAAUUUCAGGGAAACUACAAAAUUUAUCUAAACGUGUGAUUUAAUAUUCUUGUUUUUACACUGUGUGUAUGCCUGCCAGGCAUAAGUGUGUAUCUUUGAGUAUCUGUGUGUGGUUAUUUUUUUAUUUGCUUGGAAAAAUGUAUUAACUGCUUAAUCAAAUAGCUUUCUAAAUGAUGUACAUAAUAAAAUUGUAGAUAAAACACAGUUAAAAUCCACAAACUGUUUUCAAAUAUAUAUACAUAAUUAUAAAAAAGAUAAAAUCAGUUAAAUUAAAAAAAUUAAUAUACUAACUAAAUCAUGUGCUUGGAUAGGCUUGCUGCAACUAAAAAUUUUUUGGCAGGUGUGUAAUGCAAUGUAGUGAGGGCAUCUUCCUAGUUCUAUCCUGUGAACACACAAAUGCCUUUGAACUGGGAUUCGGUAAAGUGAAUUGCUCCUCACUUUUUUUGAGAUGCGUGAGAUUAAAAACCUCAUCAGUGCAUGCUGGUUUAAUUGCUUGUGGAUGUGCCUAGAACCUUUCUAUCCUGGAAGCAGCGUAGAGCUUGUCUACGCUGGAAGUAGAAGUGUAUUGUCUCAUGGAUAAGAAUUUUUAGCAAGCUUUUUAAAAUUACAAGGUUGAGUACUGUUAAGAACAAAUCUGCAAAAUGGCUUUUUGUUGACUGUAUGCCCUUUUUCUUGAUCAAAUCUUUUGGAAACUGUCUAAGGAGCUUUUUAGUAUAAUAGCUGAUUUGGUGUCUUUUCUGUGUUUGUGCUUUUUAAAUUAUGUACUGCUAAGUUGAUAUUAAGCAGUUCCAAAUUUGUGGUUCAUAUGUAGUCCAAUAAAAUGGAAAAGUCACACUGGAUAAUGAAAGGGAAGUCACAUUUUUAAAACUUUUGUCUAUAUAUCGAAAUCACUUUGCAGUCAGAAAACUAGCACUGCAGGGAAUGAGCAGGAUAGAUCUUUUUUUCCAGUGGUGUUUUCACUUGCGGGAAGUUUUGAACAUGAGAGAGCAGUAAACCCCCCCUCCCUCCGAAGUUUGAAUUGGUGUAGUCCAUUGCAGCACAGAAUAUAGUUUGGGAUCUACUGGUUGCAUCUCAGAAUGGGCUUCCAGUUUCCAGUGGUUUAACCAUAGCAACAAUAACAAAUCUUUUUUUUUUUACUGCUUUGGUAGUAUAAACACUAUACCUUUAAGGCACAUUUGAGGCAUAUUUCCAUCCACAAAGAAUUCUGGAUACUGGAGUUUGUAAGGGCUGCUGGGAAUUUUAACAUUGUAAGGUGUAAGCUACAGUGCACAGAAUUGUUUGUGCUUUAAAGGUAUUCUGUGUGCGCAGCCUAGUGGGCUGCUGAAAUCUAGGAAGCUUGAAUUCUCAGCCUGAGCAUGUUCUCAGAGCACCUUGUGUCAUAAUUCUGUGUCUGUCUUCCUGAGCCACACUUCACAGCUCUAGUUAGUGGAAAAAUGAAGUGCCUCUUGCAAGCCUUAAACCUGCCCACCCUAUGUGUUGUCUUAGGACUCUACCAGAAUCUGCUGCAUUUAGAUGCUGUCAGAAUGCGACAGCAGCCACACCCUGGAAAACUGCUUUAUCUGGCUUGCUAAACCAGGUGAAGGUAGCUGAUGGGUCUCAGUCCCUCAGUGAGUUAGGCUCUGGUGGAUUGAGCAGAAAAGACCAGUAGUGGGUCCAACAGUCAAGAAGGUGGUUUCUGCACAUGGCACCAGAUGCAUUUUGCACCUGGCUGUCAACCACUUGUGACCAAGUGAAGAUGCACUUGUGCUAGGAUGGCGUCUGAGGUCUCCACCAUCUAGAGUUGCAUGCCUGGGGAUCCUUGGAUCUUUCCUGUUUUCACACACUAACAACACAUCCUGUUGAAUUCUAUUUGUGGUAUUUUAUCUACACCAUCAGAACGAAUUUCAGGAACCAAAAAGUUGUGUUGAAAAAUAAGAUUUUCAAGCCAUCUGGCCCCACACUGGCAACCAGACAUUCUGUUUUGGUGACACUAACCCUGGUUUAAGGAGCUAUUUGACACCUAGCAUAUAUAUAUCUGAGUUUCUAACACGGCUGGGAAGGUAGCCCAUCUAAAACCUCUGCUGCCUUGUGGGAUCGCUUCAGGGGAAGAAAAAACUAAGAAGUAAAUCCUACUUAAAUCUGCAGUUGAGUCCCUUGCACACCUUUUUCCAGCAACUCCUGCAGCCAAGCUGGGUUUUCCUUUGGACCACAUCAGCGAGGCUGAGGGAGGCGGUGUUGUUGUCUGGGCAGUCCAGGACCUCCAUACACACUGCCCAGGCUUGUGUCCCAGGAAGGUAACUUCAGUACUGCUAAGUCAAUAGUUUGACCACCCCUGGAGGCACACUCCAUUGUCUCUUGAGGCAGAUGGAUGCCUGCAACAGCAAGAGGCAAAGCCUCACUUCAACCAGUUGUCUGUAGCUUUUCUUCUUCCAUUUCUUUGUUUGGCUUCUCUUUAUGUAUUGCUUCCCAAGUUGUAUAUAUAGUAAAUAAACCACUUUUUCCAGAAUAAGAAUCAGUGGUUGAGAAACCUUUUUAAUUUGUGCUAAUGUUAAGGAGGUGAAUAUGGUAUGUAUUGUAUUACAAUACAUAAAUUGGCUAAGAGAUUGAUGAAUGAUUGAAACGUGUGUGUCUUUCAGCAGUAGGCAACUGGGGAUCACCUGUGGAAUUGGGCUAAUGCUGGAAACUUUAGUGCAGUGAAUACAUGCAUGCAGUGGAAAGAAUAAUGUAUCAUCAGAACAUUAAUGCUAUUGUGCUAUCCCCCCCCCAUUGGUUAGAGAAACAUGGUGCACAGUUUCUUGGUGUGCUCUGCAGUCUUGGUUCUCUGUAGUAACACUGUCAUUUGUAUGCAAAACAGAAUAGCUUUGACCAUUUUGGGCUAGGAGAACUUAACAGUACUACACAGAGGAAACGCUGAAAUACUUGCAACUGAUGCCUACUGUAUUUAGCACCCCUAGCCUUCACAUUUAGGCUAGCGUUUGCACAGAGAGAAGUAGGCAAACAGUAUUUUAAUGAAAAUAUGUCAUUAUCCCAUUUGCAUUUUGUGUGUCCUUUUCCCUGUAAAGAAAUUAUCAAAUAUUGGCAGGGCCCUUUCAGUAUGUUUGAUGACAAUUGAGGCAGAGUGUUCAAUUCUGAAAGAGCUAUUCUCCCUCGCAUCCCCAACACCAAAAAUUGUAAUUUUAGUAAUUAUGGUGUUCCCUGUGGUAUUGAGUUAACAUCCAGUUUUCAAUAAAUUGAUUGUUAUCCAUUUCUUAUUCCAUCAAAACUCAUUAGCUUUGCCAUUUAUUCUUUCUGUCAGGUAGCUCUAAAAAGUUAUCUGAAGGUUUCACUGUUGUUCCUGUAUAUAAUAGAAACAAAAUAAAUAUUUAAAUUCUACCCUUCAGAUAGUUUAAAAGCGACAGACGAAUCCAGUCAUUCACAUGCCUCAAAUCUUUGUAGUUGUUAUAAUUAUGUGUUUAAGGAAAGCACCAUUUAAUUUUUUUGCACUGCAUCUCCAUACAAAUGAUACCUUUUUAAAAUUGGGCAUUUCAUGGUUUUAAAUGGCAAAACAGCAGUUGCAUUAAAGCGUAGUUUAAUCUUAUUUUUAAGGUAUAGAGCCAGCACUAGUAUCUUUACCUGGGUAACAAGAAAACUAUGCCUCUGUUAGAAUACACAUUUCAUAGUAUUUAAUGUCCGUAGUUCAGAUUUGUGCUUUCCCACCAUAACUCUUUAUAUGAAACAUUUUGGAAAGGGGAUCUUGCCACUUGGUGAAGAGCUUGCAGUGUUGCUUGUUUUUAUGCUGUGUAAAGUUCUCAAAAUGUAGAUUGCAACUAUCAGCUAUGUUGGCCAUAAAUUGAGCGCCUUUCUUCCAUCCAGCCCCCUAAAAAUAGGUUAAAGAAACAAGAAGCCCAAAAUGGAUAACAUUCAGUUUCAGGAUUGGGCCCCAAGAGGGUUCAAUUGGGCUGGACAUAAAAAGGUAUUGAAAUGAUUUUGGGGAGCUUCACUAUAAAAAUGUAAGACAAAAAUAUAUUGUUUUUUAGAUUUUACUUAUGGAUAAAAUUGUUCCUAAUGUGUCUUCAAAUUGUUUAUCAUUCCUCACCCCGAUUUAGCCUGUUAUCUGACUGAAUGAUUAGUGACUGGUUAUACUCCCACUGUGACAACAUUCCUGGUGUAAAACAAUACUAUUUCUUCCCACCCCACCCCCUGCAAAUCUGUCAGCACAGUUCCUUCCAAUUACAUGGGCCUUAAAAUGGGGUUGUCAGUAACUUGUGGAAUUAAGCUAGGUACUGUUUGUUUUAUUGCUUAUGAUCCUAGUAAAAUUAUUAGCUGUAAUGCAGGUCAGUCAUGAAUAGAUAUCACAGAAAAAGCACCUUGGCAAAAUACAACCAGAUUUUAAAUUAAAGCUCUUAUUUAUUCAUCCUUUUUGAGGUUUUGUGUCUGCAAGCCCUUUUGAUUUUGUAUUUGAUUCCUGUCCUUUUGGUUUGUUACUUGGUAAAGUACAGUGUCUAGUGCUAUUUGCAUUCAUUUUAUUUUCCAUAUUUAUAUAGCAACCAAACACUUUGGGUGGUUUGCAAGUAAAAAUCAAAGCAAUAAAAUGUCCAGAAAAGCAUUUACAGUUUUCAGGAGAAAUCAUUUGAUUUCUCCCAAUGUUUUGUGGCCAGUUGAUCUGAAGUGGCUUACAAGUUAGAAGCCUCUCAAAUUAUAUUGAAAUAGGUCCAGGGUUUUUUGUGCAAGAGGUAUUUAUAAUUAUGGGGUGUUUGUGGGGGACGGGGGAGGAAUUUGCUGUGGUAAUUUUGUAGGUUCCAAUUCAAUAGCCUCAUACAUGCCCUAGGUUGUACUUCAGCAUCCUUCUGCUUAAGCAGAAUUGGGAUUGGAGAGUUCUGAUAAAAUCAUUACCUCUGAUUACAAGCUUGUCCUUUCUCUUCCCUUCCUCCCUCUACUCUGGCAUUUUCAGUGUAUGGUAAACUUUACACUAUUUUCAGGUUUAUCAGAUACUUGCGUGCUGUGUUUUUUUGAGGGGUGUGAUCUGAAGUGCCAUGAAAUGAAGUCCUUAAUUUGGUAUGGAGAACCUUGGACACGUCCAGCUUUGCUGGAUUCUUUGAAUCCACUGCAUGCCGGUACUAAAUUAAAUGUUUAAUACCAACACUCUGAAGAGGGCGCAGAAACAACUGGAAAUCAGUUUUUACACAAAGCAUUGUCAAUAUAUGACUGUAUCAGCCAGUCCUUGUGGGCAAUCUUGCCUCCUUCUCUUCAACGGGAUGAUGCUUCCAGACCACAUCCCCAUGUACGGUACAUUGCAGUAGACCAAAUGGAUAAGUGUAGCUAGGCUGUCUGUCCAAUACAGUGGUACCUCUGGUUACGUACUUAAUUCGUUCCGGAGAUCCAUUCUUAACCUGAAACUGUUCUUAACCUGAAGCACCACUUUAGUUAAUGGGGCCUCCCGCUGCAGCGGCAUGAUUUCUGUUCUCAUCCUGAAGCAAAGUUCUUAACCCGAGGUACUAUUUCUGGGUUAGCGGAGUCUGUAACCUGAAGUGCAUGUAACCUGAAGCAUAUGUAACCUGAGGUACCACUGUAGAGUUGUAGUUGGUAUUGAGUCACAGAGCCCAGAUCAUCCUCAAUACAGUGGUACUUCGGGUUACAAACACUUCAGGUUACAAACUCCACUAACCCGGAAGUAGUACCUUGGGUUGAGAACUUUGCCCCAGGAUGAGAACGGAAAUCGCGCGCUUGCGGCAGGAGGCCCCAUUAACGAAAGCACGCCUCAGGUUAAGAACGGGUUCAGGUUAAGAACGGGCCUCCGGAUCAAAUUAAGUUCAUAGCUCAAGGUACCACUGUAUAUGAAUCUGAUAAAUGAUACUUGAAAGCACUCACAAGUGUUUCAGAGAAGUAAUAUUUAUUCAGAUGAAACUGGCGAUUUGUCCCAUCAGCAGAUAUUGGCUCAGUAUCCAAGGUAAUCGGUUGUCAUGGGGAGAUAAAGAAUUCGGGUUUCUCUUGGAGGUUUAAUGUUGCCAGCCAGUAUCUCUCAGCUCUGGUUCCUCAUCUGUAAAAUUGUAAUAAUAGCCUAUAUGUGGGGGCUCUUAACAGCUGCUGAGCUUACUCAGUUUAUUUCCCCUAUCCAGUCAGUGCAAGAUGACAGUUGUCUGCUGCUGCUGCCCAAGGAUAAUGCUGGAAGUUGCUGGUCAUUUGGGAAGUUGGGGCCUCGGUUUGAUUUAUUAUCAAGCUAUAUUGCAGUUGUUAUUUUGGGGCAUUUCAUUGCAUAGUCAAGACUACGCCUUAAAUACAUUAACUGAAAUGGGAGGUGUGUAUGAUAUACUUUAAGGAAUUAUUCACAAGAGACACCAUGUAAAAAUUAAUGCUUUAAAAUUUACGCACUUCUUCCUGAUAUACUUUACAUUAAUUUUAAAUUACUUAUAAACAAUAUACAUUGAAAUGUCAGAUCUUGGCUCAUAGUGCAGUUGCUGAUGGUUUUCUGUUGAUUCAUUGAAUCUCCCAACUAACCUACUCUGGGAAUUUUAAAAUUCUUAAGCAUUAAUGCUUACAGAUGCAAACAUUGUUCUGUCUUUAUUGAUGGAACAAAUUUUACUUUUAGUGUUUGAUUCUGUUGCCACUUAUUUGCAUGCACAUGGAAACUUUCCAGCUUCUUGUACGCUCCAUUGCAUGAGGAGUUGGUGCUAAAAGGGGAAAAAAUCCUCCAUACGUACCAUGCUCAUAUAAGUACUUUGCUUAUGUGCAUGCUUACACAAAUGUCCUCUCUGUAUCUGGCAUUUGUUUGCAACCUAAGAAUUAAAUAGAGAUAAAUUGAACUCACAUGUGAAAACUUAACAAUAAGAUAUUGUCAAGAAAUAAUUACUAUGCAAAAAGUGCAUUAAUAGAAAUAAUUUAUGUACCAAGUGGAUUUAGAUAAACUGAAUAAUAAGUGGUAAAGCUAAUGGAUGAUGUUUUGAAUAUGAUCCUUUAAGUGUAGCCUCUGACCUGGUUUUAAAGAGUAGUCCUGUGAUUUGAAAUAUUGCCAUCUGGCAGUUAUAUUAGGACAACCUUAAUGACUCUCAAAAUGAAAUUGUUACCGUAUUUUUCGCUCUAUAAGACGCACCAGACCAUAAGACGCACCAGACCAUAAGACGCACCUAGUUUUUGGAGGAGGAAAACAAGAAGAAAAAUAUUCUGAAUCUCAGAAGCCAGAACAACAAGAGGGAUCACUGAGCAGAGAAAGCAGCGAUCCCUCUUGCUGUUCUGGCUCCUGGGAUAGCUGCGCAGCCUGCAUUUGCUCCAUAAGACGCACACACAUUUCCCCUUACUUUUUAGGAAGGAAAAAGUGAGUCUUAUAGAGCAAAAAAUACGGUAAUUUUGAAGAUUUUGUUUUUGUUGUGUAUUCUUGGGUAAUACUGGACGCUUAAAGAAAAAAUAAAAUAAUUAAAGCAUUGGUUAAAAUACUGCUUUUGUUUGCUAACGUAGCUCUGCAAGGCAUCUUUUGUAUACCAGCUCUACAGGAAUUGAAGCUACCGUCAAUCAUGUAGCCUAUUAUGAAUGUAUAGUGAUUGAUAACUUAAUGGUAAACUUCUAUAUGUGUAGUUCUUGAGUGCUGCAUUUGUAAUUUUCAUUAAAUGAUGAAAAUUCAUUAUAUGAUCUGCAAAUUGGGAAGUUUCAGAAAGUUACCAGUUCAUAGAUAUAUUUACUUAAUUGACUAUGCUUGUGUGCUGUAUGCAGUUAGGACGCUGCUGUCCUAGCUUCUAGAGUCCAGGGGAAAGGAAUAGAUAAAGAAAAGGUGAAGCAUAAAUAGCAGUGUUUCCUGGUUGAUCAGACGAAUGAAUGUUCCCUGGAUUUUUUAUAUAUGUUACCCCAUUCAGCAACUGCUUGACCUGCUUAGCCUAUUGCUAAGAGGUUUGCUGGAUUUUAUGUAUUGAGAUGGGUUAAAUAAUUGAUUGCUGAGGAAAUGAAAUCCAAGGAUUUUAGCCCGCAGAGGAGCAAAAGAGGAAACAGGUGUUGGAAGAGGAGCAGGUUAGCCCCUUCAGAAGAAUACAGACAUUCCCACAAUCAUGACCACCACUGCAAGAGGCAAGAGCUACUUUGAUGGUUUUAAGCACAGGAGGGAUCCAUCUAGCAGCCUUUCUAGAGAUUUUUAUCAUUCCUGUUGUGGCCCAGUUUUUAGGCAUCUAGAAGAGCAUGGUCAUCAUCCCCAAAGUCUCAAUCUAUUCCCAGUAAGUGUACCGAGUAAUGGAAUGGCACCCCUGUUGAUGCGUUUCCCUUCUGAGCUAGAUACUUCUAUCAUCCCUUAAAACUAGGAGAAGGAUGAGUGGUAAGGGUUCAUUAAUGCACUUGCUGCUUGCAGGUCCACCUUUUAACAUGGCAUGUAUAAUGAGAGGAAGAACGCUCACACUUCCCUCAACUCUGGCAAAGGGAGAGGUGGCACUGUUUUCUCAAUGUCUGCAAGGUUUAAUUUUAUGGGAACAAUCCCUUGCCUUUCCUACUCUUUCCAGGUGUGACCUCCUAGGGCACAGAAGUGGUCCUCUCUUCCUUUAAGGUAGAUGUAAGCUUUUGGUUGGUUUAACACUUUCUCUGCAAAGUAGAAUCAGACUAGUUGUCUGUAACCCUUUGUUACAGGGUUUUAGGCCACAAAGGAAAGUUCCCACCCAACACUUCCUUUUUCCUUGAGCUAGGAGUGUUGGGGCUUGACAGUUGAGGCAUUUGGAUCCAUCGUAUCAAGAGAGGAGUAAGUGACAGUGGGAAGAGAUGGGAAAUCUUCUAUGGUUGAGAUAGGUUAUAAAGGCACUUGGUAUUGAAAUUUGUAAAAGAGGCCCAGGAAAACUGUUGAAUUGAUAGUUUAACAUAAUCCCUGAACUAAAGUAGAGUUGUCUGUCUGUUUGUUGUAGUGCUUUGCACACUUUGGUGAAAAAGCAAUCCGUAUUUCUUAAUGUGUAGAUUCUCACAUAUAUGGUGGGAAAAAUAGGAUGUGAACCAUUUUGCUGAAAAUCAGAAUUAAGAAUGGAAGGAAGAUGAUGCAGUGUUGAUAGAUUGCAAUGUUUACCAUAAACCAUGUAAAGUUUUCUAUCACUUUUUAAAGACUUGUUUCAGUUGUAUUCCAUUAUGUAAAUUGGUAGGAAAAUGCAAAGAUAUAUUUAAGUAUUUGGCACAAGAGUUGUAGCUGCUUUACUAAAUCCUUUUGCUAAGUCACACUUGGGAAUUAUCAAAUUAUGAAUGUAAGUUUUUAUAGCCUAAGAAGUGUGAAGAACAGUUGGAAGUCCUUGUGCAAUACUUUCAAGUACACAUGUUGUACAGAAGUUAAUUUUUUAAAGACAUAGGACGACACUAUUAAAAGCUUGACUCCUUACAAGCAUGGGGAAGUUACAAGCAGCCUUCUUCAACCUGGUUUCCUCCAGAGUAAAAACAGUAUUCAAAAUCUCUAGAGGGCACCAGGUUUAGAAAUGCUGCUGUUCAAUUUUCCUUCCAUGUGUUGACCUCAUUUUCACAUCUAAUUUUCAUGAAGGAAGAUACAACUUUUCUACUUGCAUUCCAUCUUGUAUGGAAUUGCUCCCCCCCUCCCCCGUUGCUUGGUUUUACUAUAUAAUAGUGUGGCUGGUAUAUUUUAGCUCUUAGCCAAUAUGGUUCAGAAGAAAAACAUAGUUCCAUGUACCCAAGGGAGGUUGUGGCUUUUGUUUUUCAAACAUCAGGCCACCAGGCCACCUAGGAAGACACUUUUGAAAUUGAACCAAAAGUGGUUGUUAUGGGCAAGGGUCUACUUAUUGAAAGGGGGAAAAUCGCACUGGGCAUGUUCCAAACCCUUGGACAUGUCUAAAAUAGCUCUUUUGAUCUCAGCCAUGUUCUAGUCAUAAUUCAGCAUCCAAAAUGGUUUGCAUGUGCCCAGCAGUAUGUCAGUUUUUGUUUUGCAUGUUUCUGGAAAGUUGUCUUUCAGUGCAGUCUUACACUCCUGUGGUACUCCAUUCCUGUCUCUCCACCCCUUCCCCUGUUGCUCCCUUCCCAGUCUUACCAGAUCAGUCUUAUUUUCUUCCUGCCCUCUCAGUCAUUCUGCAUUCAGAUUUAGCUGACUGGCAGCGCCUUGAUAAAGCAGUUAUGGAAGAGGAAAUGGAAGAGGAAGUGGGAGAGAGCAUCACUCUUCUAGCUUCCUCCUUCAACCUUAUGUACAAUAUUAGCUACCUAAUAUUGAAACUAGAAGGCUAGUAUAGAGGGUGGAAAUUCUUAAAAUAACCGUGUGAAAUUUGUCCUAGCUGCUUUUGAUUUUGGCAUCUAAAAAUACUUCUGUGGAAGAAAACUGCUAUAUUAUGUUUAUUUUUGAAAGGACAUUUACAACACUAUCACAUGUAUGUUUAUUGAGAACUAAAUUCUACUGUGUGCUGUAGGACUUGCUACCAAAAAGAGGUGUGAAGGCUCAGGAGGAAAAAAACAGCAGUGGGGAGGAGUACCCCAUGUUUUUUCUGAGACUUCUCCAACCUUUUCAAUUGAAAAAUUGGAAAUUUAUGGGGAUUGCUGUUUCUGUUGUUUCAAAAAAAGGAGAACCUGCUUGUUCUUUGGCAAGCAGGAAUUAUAUUUAUUGCCUUUUAAGAAUAAUGCACGAUGCAAGCUCCCACUUGAAUGGGUUUAAGAGGAAGCAUUUCCUUCAGAAAGCAGGCUUGCAUUCAGCAAUGAUGAGUUGGUUGGUGCUUAUUGCUGGGAUUGGCAGCACUCAGGAGUUCCCUAUCAGGAGCUCCCAAGUGCAAGCCCCAAUUUUGGCAGGAAUCUUCUUUUUAGCAAGGAGAACUGCUGUUUUGCAUGUGCUAUAUGAAGCUGUGCCUGCAAGGAAAGAAAUAAAAGAAUCAAGAGCACGUUUAGAAUGUGCCCUGAUUCUUUGCUAUUGAAAUUGGACCACCUGACAUCAUGGUGACACCAGGUGAUUGACAGGUGUGUCACUGUCAGGGGGGUGUAUUGUGGAUAUUCGAGCUGCCGACCUUCUGAUCAGCAAGCCCUAGGCUCUGUGGUUUAGACCACAGCGCUACCCGCAUCCACACACACACACACACACACACACACACACACACACACACACAACAUAUCUAAUACACAUUCGUGUACCUAGAGGGUACUGUUUUCAUGAAAGGAGCAAACAGGGUGUUCUUGCUUGUGAAUUGCUGCUUGCCUUCCUUUGGUGGCCAUUUGAUCUAGUGGCUUCUACUUUUUAAGUGUCUAUUUUUUGCUUGUGAAUUGCUGCUUGCCUUCCUUUGGUGGCCAUUUGAUCUAGUGGCUUCUACUUUUUAAGUGUCUAUUUUUUGCUACUUCUCAGACAGCAAAAAACUAAGAUGCAUGUGCCUCAGUACAUAUUGUGCAGCUACUCUCCGUUAUUAAGUAUAUAUAUUCACAAUUAUGCUGAUAAAGAACCCAAGGCAUGUAUACUUUUGAGGUCCUGUGCACACUUGCCUGGUGAUAAGCUGAGUGCAUCUUACUUCUGAGAAAACUUGCAUAGAUAGCUUUAUACAUCUCAUAACCCAACUAGUACUAUUGCACAUGCCUAGUUAUAAAUGAUGUAGAAAAGCAGAUUUAGGUUUCGUAUGACAGUAAAUACAGAAUGUAUUUCAAUUUCCCCCUCAGAUUAGUUUUUCUCCCUCAGAGGGCUGAUGUGGCAGAAAAAAACCAUAUUUUCUCAUGUCUUCUAAGUUUCAGGAAAUCUUAACAUUUACACUUCCAGGUAAGCGUGCAUAGGAUUGCAGCCCCAAGUGCUGCUUAACAGGAAGAGUGACAUUGUCCUUCAGCUAUAGUCAGCAUAAAGUCUAAAUACUUACUCUGUUAUCAGACAAAUGUUCUCAAGCCUAAGUAUUUUGGUGAAAUGCACCAUGCACUCUAAUUCACAUGUGCACAUUUCAGCUAAUCCUACAGUCUUUCUGUUGAAAAGUAUAUACUGUCCUUGGUUACAGACUCAAUUGAAUUCUGCUGCUUUAAAGUAGUGUGAAAAUUACAACAAUGCAUUAGUAUUCUGAUUAUGUUCGAGUGUUUAGUAAUGACAUAAUUCAAGCCACUAAAAGUUCAGUGCACAGUUGCCUCCAUAAAUUACUUUUAAGAUUUAUGCACCUUGGGUACAUAAGCAAGAAGCUAAUCUUACUGGGUAAUAUCUAGUGUAAGUCAUACACAGCGUAGACUUUUUGAAACCAGUGGAUUUAAGUUACAGAUGGUCAUUUUCAGUUUACUGAUACCUGGCAUAUGAACUACCGCAACUUACGCUGAUUUUACUUAAGUGAUCAUAGCUUUAUACGGAUCCUCAAUAAAUAAAUAAAUAGGGGGCAGGAGGCUGUUACUUAUUGGGCUCUGAAGGCUUUCACAGGGCCCUGUGAGAUCUCGUGGGAACCUCCCAGAGCAUUGGCACAACCAUCUCAGAGCCCGGCAAACUUUUUGUACAGGGAAAAAUUGCGCAAAAGAGCUUUAUUUAAGUUAUUCACCUUACUUACCAGGUUUUGGGAGGCUCUGAGUUCUUGGGUGAUGUGAGUAGUUCUGAUUUUGCUUUUACACUUAACCCCUGGUAGCAUAAUCCUUGCAUAACCUAUGAUUGCACUGUACUUAAAUACAAAGCCUAAUUUAAAAAGCAAGUUAUUGUAACAAGGUUAUUAUAUGUUAGGUGUUCAGUGCUGAUACUGGGGAUAGUGGACUACCAGUAGUUAUGAAAACUUCACCUCUCGAACACAACCUUUUACCCUCUCAACUAGCAGGUUUCCUCAGUAACAAAUUAUAUUGCCCAAAUCUUUAGCUUUUGAUUGCCUCUUUGUGGGCAUGCCUUAUACACUGUUAAGCAUUGGCACAAUGGUUUUGAUGGAGGAUUUAUUAUUAUUAUUUAAAAUCGUAAUAGCACGAGUAAGAGUACUGGAGUCAUUUAAAAGCAGUGGGUUUGGACUGCAUCUUGUCUGCUGUCACACAGUCCAUAAAGCUAAAUUGCUUGUGGUCAAGUUAGACAUGAAAUGUUUUAAAGCAAAAUUAGAAGGAAGGUCCAAACAGGACACCAAAUAGUUAAUGAUGAAACUUCAUUAUGAAAGUUAAAACCUCUUUUGUAGGAAAGGAGAAUUUAUUCCAUAGCAUAUCAAGCGGUAGUGCAUGCAUUUCCCUAUGCUCAUUUAUGUAAGGCUGCUAGAAUUUAUGUUUAGGAUUAUUGCUAUAUCUUUUAAGGGGUAUAGACCUUGGAAUAGGAAAUAAUGACAUUGAAAGCAAAGCAUAUCUAGAACUUAACACAUCCGUUAGGAACUUCUUUCAGCAAUUCUUGCCCAAGAGAAAUUUCUGUUGGGUUGUAUGUAGUAGACAAAGCUACUACUGCAUCCCUGCAAUAUAACAAACUAGAAUCAAAUAUUUUUUUAAAUAAAACUUUUCCAGGUUCUUCAUUUAUAGCAGCCCUCCCAACUAAGUGCCCCCAGAUGCUGUUGAACACAACUGUCAUCCCUGAUUAUUGGCCAUGUUGAUGGGAGUUGUAGUUUGAGAAGGCUGGAUGUAUAGCAAUUCACCUAAUGCAAUUUCCUGAUGCACCUUAAACACUAGCGUUCAUUGUACCAUAUAACCUUUCAUUGGUUUACAUUCCUUUUCAUUAGUGUAAUCCAUGAAAACUUAGGCCAUAAUUAAUGUCUUAGUCUUCAAGGUGCCAUAAGAUUUCAGUUGUUUUCACCUAAAUCCAGUUGACGAGUGAGCAGUUCUUACGUAACUUUAAACCACAGUUUAAAAUAUAAAGUAUGGUUUAAUGUGCACAAGAGCUUUGCUUCCACCACAUUUCUGACUUUGCCACACAGGGAGGGAAGCAAGUGAACCCUAAACAAAUCAAGAGUCUUGUAGGUCCUGUGGGCUCAUCGUUUGUUUCUCUCCAAAGAAACAAUGAGAAGUCAACAUAUUAUGAGUGAUAAGCAUUAAAUGGCAACAAGGCUUUAACUUGUUUCCUUUCUCUCGUGUGGCAUAGUCGAGAGUGAGGGAAGAGUGAAUUGCUCAUGCACAUUGACCAUAGUUUAUUUUGUAUGUGUUGUAUACGACGAAGUCUUACUCAUUUAAGUCAGUGGAUAUGACAAACUUAAGUUCGUUGAAUUCAGUGGUUCUACUCUUAGUAUGACUUAGUUGGUUUAACUUUUGUGAAUCACACCAACGUAACAUUUGCAGUAUAAUCCUAUGUCUGUCUGUUCAGAAUUAAGUCUCGUUGAUCUCAGUGGGACUUUUUACUGAGUAUGUGUAUAGGGUUGUUGCCUUGAUUAUAUUUAUUGCAUUCUAUUUUUUUGUCUAAAGAAAUCUCCUUAAUUGUGAAUUUACUGAGUUCUUGUAUGAAUAGCCUUUCUAGCUUUGAGGAAGUACAUACACUUCCCAUGUGAUGUACAGAACCUUUUUUAUCUGUACAUUGCUGAAGAUCCCAAGGUUAUGUAGCAUUCUGAGUGUGCAUUUAUUCUUCUUCAGGUGAAAAGGAAUGAGAGGUGAAGAGACAAAAGGUUUGGCUAUUAUUCCAUUCCGGAUGCCACUGGGCCUUGUUUAUACUAUUACAAAGCAAAUGCUUUCAUUGCAGGAUAGAUGAGUGAGGGCCAAUAUAUCUUUGAAACAAAGGUGACAAUACAACAGCUAGUCAAGAUUUCAGAAGCAUGGAAUGUUAGGAAUUCAAGUGCUAAUUAAACUGACCAUGGUUUUAGAAUUUACAUAUUCUUUCUUUCUCUCAUGCACCAUUUUGUGAAGUUUCAAAUUUGGGGAUAGUUUUUACAAGUCUAAAAAUAAUGCCACCAUAUUUAAACAGUAUGAUAGGAGACACAAUAUUCUUGAAGCAAAGAUGUUUCAUGUGUUAAGAAAUGCUUCAAUGUGCCAAGAAAAUACUGUGAAGAGGAGCGGCUUUUUUAGUAGUAUCUCUUCAGUUGACUCUUACUGGUGAGCAUAAGGUAUAUAAUUAUUUGUAGGCAUAUAAUGAAAUUAUUUUGUGAUAAUUGCUUCUUACUAUAGAACUCAUUUUGACCUCAUAAUUUUCAGAGAUGUGUUAUGGAGUGUACAUUUUUUGUGUUUAAAUAACAGGCUCUCUCUCUCCAUCCCCAGGAGUCGAAAACUUCAAAUCAGAAAUAUCCCGCCACACUUGCAGUGGGAGGUAGGCAUUCAUCUUUGUUUUCAGCCUGUUUUAAGAGGAUAAAUUGGUGCUUUGUUUUUCACCUUUUGCCUCUUUCGCCCUCUCCCUUGUUUUCUCACUCCUUUUUCUUGGUCUUCUAACACAUGCAAAUUGUUGGCAAGAGCAAUUUUGUUCUUUGAAGGGUAAUUUGCAAAACUGAAUAACAGAACCUUCCAAAUAUUUCUUAACUGCUGCCGUUAAUGUUAGGCAGUUGGAGAUAUUUCAGGGUUCUACAGUACAUUUUCAGGUGACUGGCAAUUUCCUGAUUCAUUUUAUGUCUCAAAAGCUGAUCUGAGUCCCUCUUCUCUGUAUAAACAUUUAACAUUUUAGCAAGUUUUAGAAAUAGAAACACUCUAGCUUUUUCUUGUAAUUCUUCUGCCACUAGUUAUUUCCAUAGCAGCACAUCAUAAUUUCAGAAGCUCUAUGAUAACUAGGUAACAGAAUAUAGAUUAUUGUAAAAACGUGUCUUUUUAUUUGUGCCUCUUAACCUUAAUAUGCCAGGGAUGUGGGUGGCGCUGUGGUCUAAACCACAGAGCCUAGGGCUUGCCGAUCAGAAGGUUGGCGGUUCAAAUCCCUGCGAUGGGGUGAGCUCCCGUUGCUCAGUCCCAGCUCCAGCCAACCUAGCAGUUCAAAAGCAUGUCAAAGUGCAAGUAGAUAAAUAGGUACCGCUCUGGUGGGAAGGUAAACGGCAUUUCCGUGCGCUGCUCUGGUUCGCCAGAAGCGGCUUAGUCAUGCUGGCCACAUGACCCGGAAAGCUGUCUGCGGACAAAACACCAGCUCCCUCAGCCAGUAAAGUGAGAUGAGCGCCACAACCCCAGAGUUGUCCAUGACAGGACUUAACAGUCAGGGGUCCCUUUACCUUUUUUAACCUCAAUAUAGUUAGAUAUAAACAAGCCCCUUGCUGCUGCAAUUUGAUGACACACGCGUGACUUGUAUAAACAACUGAUCAAGCAGAGGUUUGUGUAGAGAAGAUGCUCAAGAACUGGCAGUAUUUUUAAAGCCAAAAUUAGUGAAUAUAUGUAUAUUAACUUACAAACUUUUGUGCCACUCUUUAGUAUAAUAUUUCCAAGAUGACUUUUAACAUAAAAGGGAAAAAAUGCUUCAGUGAAUUAACAGAACAUUUCUCAACAAUAAAACAGCAGAUAAAAUAACAGGAUUAAAACAACUUGUAAAAUUUUUAAAGUCCUGGGGAAAUAAAAAGGUCUUUGCUUGAUGCAAGAAGGAUAUUGAAAGAGGUAUAACACAAACCCCCACCUCACCCUUCAGGGAAGAAUUUGCAUGUGGGGUGCCACAACUAUAAAAGCCCUUUCCUUAGCCACUACCUGUGGCAACUUCCCUCAGUAAUGAUGGGAGUGAUGUAAUGUGACUGGAUUUCUUUUAGUGUUUUUAAAAUGUACGCUCUCUCUGUCAGAACACUUGAAAGGUCUGUUAUUAUCUCUUAAUAACAAGCAGCAAGGUAUGACAGUUAUGUGAAAGGAGAAUUUGUCCUCACCCAGAGAAUCGAAGUAAGGAUGAGGCACUUUCAGAAUAAAACUAGAAUUUUGUUUACAUACAGAUGAUGAGGGUUAUAUCUUAAUAAUUACUCUAAUAGGCACAACAUAGAGACGCGGGUGGCUCUGUGGGCUAAACCUCAGAGCCUAGAGCUCCUAUUGUUCGGUCCCAGCUUCUGCCAACCUAGCAGUUCGAAAGCACUUCAAAGUGCAAGUAGAUAAAUAGGUACCGCUCUGGCGGGAAGGUAAAUGGCGUUUCCGUGCGCUGCUCUGGUUUGCCGUAAGCGGCUUAGUCAUGCUGGCCACAUGACCCAGAAGCUGUCUGUGGACAAACGCCAGCUCCCUCGGCCUAUAGAGUGAGAUGAGCACCGCAACCCCAGAGUCGUCUGCGACUGGACCUAAUGGUCAGGGGUCCCUUUACCUUUACCUUUAAUAGGCAGCAUGUGAAUUACUUCAUAAGUAAAUAGAGAAAAUAAACCACCUUUGCUAUGGUUCUUUGUGGUAAUUGGCAGGGAUGGGGCAAUUGCUUGCUGUGGUUAACAUCUGCAGUUACUAAACAUGUGUAUCUGAUAUUUCUAACACAAGGUUGCCAUAUAGGGUCAGCUUGGCUUGAUUGUGACAUUUGGUUAAACCUUGAUGCCCUUGGUGGAUAAGGUCUAGAAUUUCUUGCCUUGUAGAUUGUGGUUCAGAAAAACCAAAAAUAUAAUACAUUUCCAUUUUGUUAUUAGGCCUUCCAAUUCACUCACUUGUCCAUGGUCAGGAAAGUACUUUCUAGUCAUCUCUGACACAUUGCUAAGGUAUUUGAUCUGAUAUAGUAUAAAAAGUUGUGAAGUUCUGGAGCACCAUGAAUAGUUGUUUUGAUCUAGUGAAACUGACUUACAGAUGGUAAUAGAGAAGCAUGUACAGCACAAAUGUAAGCCUUAACCUCCUUCUCUAACUUGUGUUUACUUACAUUGUGUGGCAAAGUAUCUGCUGUGAGGAGCUCUUUUCCAGGAACAUACUGUGCUACUGGGUUGAAUCAUUCUUCUUAGAAGAUGUUGGCAUCAUAAUUGUACUUGGUUCAAAUAAUUUGUUUUCAUCAAGGUCACCAAAGGUUUAUAGUCUGUGAUGAGUCAUGUCCCUUUAUCCUUUCCAGCUUCAUUUUCACCUUGUGUUGAGUAAGGGAUUGAGGAUUCCACAGAGUGUUUGUACACAGCAUGGUUUGUCAUAAGGGCUUAAAACAAUAUCCAUAAGAUUGGCUUUUAGUAGUGUAGAUUAGUGUCGCCAAAACAUUCAGUUUACUCCCAUUGUUUUCAGCAGUUCAUUCUAGCAGUUACUCCACAACUUAGUAGAUUGUUUUUUGUUUCUAGGUUAUGACCUUGUAUCACAUGCAUGUUGAACACAAAAAUCCCCUGCUGAUAGCUUCUUUGUGUGGUAUCCCAAUAAUAAUAGUAGUAGUAGAAGUAGUAGUAGUAUUUUAAAAAUUGUACCCCCACCCAUCUGACUGGAUUGCCCCAGACAUUCUGGGCAGCUUCCAACAUAUAUAACAACAUAAGAGAUUGUAGGUGAUUUCUUCCUUGUGCAUGUCUGAAGGGUCCUGAAAUCCUAUGUACAUAUUCUGAUGUCUGCUCCUGAAUUUAUUUUUAAAUAAGUUGUUAUACCAACAAUAGGUAGGUUUGUUCUCCAGGGAUAGCGCCUUUAUCAAAUACGAUGCCUUAGAAAAACUUGACACACUACUGCUAUGAUCACCAAUACCAAUGCAGUGUAGAGAUUAGAUUAUCAGACUAGCACAUGGGAGUAGGUUUAGCGUUAGGGGUACAGUCUGAGGUACACUUGCUUAGCCAGUGCUCGAAAUUCUCCAGGUGCGUUUUGCUACUGGCAUGGGUCCAAUUGCAACCAAGUGGAGAUUUCUGGGCGCCCAGUUAGCAGAGCUGAGUACAGAUAUAUUUGACACUGCUGCAACCUUUCCACAGGCCACCCAAAUGGAACUAACGAACCACAGUUUAAAAACCUCUGCCUUAAUCCAUAGUUAAUACCAUUUCCAUUUCCACUGUGCAUGUUUCUCCUUCUUGCAUGCUGGGACAAGUGAAUUGUUGAAAGAGCAGGCUACAGUCAAGCAAUGUAGCUGAGACCAUAGAAUUGCAGUGUUGGAAGGGACCCUCAAGGUCAUCUGGUCCAACUCCCUGGUGAAUAGACAUUCUGGUGUGGUGACUGUAAUCUAGGUUAAAAUGCCAUUUUGCGCCUAGCUUAUAGAUUCAUGAGUUUCUAACACUGUUUGCUCUGGGCCUUGGAGGGCUAAGCUAGCCAGAGGGCCACAUCAAGGGCCUGCCAGACUUAUGCUAUCAUGCCAAAAAUGCCCCGUAUCUCCCAUACGCUCCCAGCCUCAUACCAUGAAUUUAACAAGGUUAGAAAGUAAUAUAAAAACUAGGUAUAUUUGUGGCAUAAAGCUAUACAUUGCAUACAAAGCUGGUGCAAUAUCUAUAAAGAAGUCAAACAUUUUAAAGCUUUCUUCCCAAAGGAAGGAAACCUUUGACUCAAACCCUUAAUUUCCGCAGACAAAGUACAAUAAUAAUGGAAUGACAGAUUUCAUCAAGUCAACAGCAGAUUUCUGCUCUUAAUUUUCAUCAGCCCCAUACUUACCACAUCACACUACAGUGCUCAGUGCUUCAGUCUUGCCAUCGAUUCCCCACUUCUUGGUUAUAAUUCAAGCUUUCCUUCCAACUAUUCAGUCCCUUUCAUAUUCCUUCCUGUGCACCAUGCCAGCCCCCCCCCUCAGCCCCCAGUAUUAUGUAGUUCUGACAUGUUGCCAAGCUUACUGAACUUCUCAUUCUGCCUAAUGCGCACAGCAGUAGAAGGAAAAUAGUUUGAUGGUAUAUAUGUCAAGACUCCUGGAUAAGGGGCAAAUCCAGAUGCAAUGGCGUAAUGAUAACGGAAGUGCAGUGAAAUACCUGAUACUGAAAUUAAUGGUGUGAGAGGAGAUAUAUGACUUUUGAGAGUGAAUGGGAAAUGGACAUGUAAGAUUGUUGUACAUACAAAUCAGAUCUGAUUUUUUAAGAUUUUCAUGAACUACAAAGAACUUUCAAUUUCUUUCUUCUUUUUUCAUCAGAUUAUAAAGUAUUUUGGUACGUUCAAUAUAAAAUGUAAAACAAUAUGUUUCUUAAGGGAGGGGAAGAGGGGUUUUCACGUCGGUGUCAAUUCUGUAUAUUUGUUGGUUUAUAUUGGCGAUAAGAGAAGAUUUGGAGGGGGGGCAGGGCAUGUUUGUUUGCCUUUACUUGCCUUUGAUUAACCGUAGUGAGAUUUGUAUGUGUUUGCGGAAGGGGGAUAUGGAAUAUUGGGUCAAGUUAACCAUAUUGAUCAGUAUGCUGGUGGAAGAUCCCUGCUAUUACUGUUGUCAGUUUGAGCCAUGACUGUGUCAUCUUUUUGUCCUCAUGUCAGUUUUAGUCUGUUGGUUAACUUUUCUAACAAGGCCAUUUCCCAUACAAUUGGUACCAGUGGUCCAUGCUUACUCCAGACAAGUCACUUCAGUGUCUUAACUAUGACGUUUCUGGCUGCUGAGAAUAGGUGGGUUAUAAGGUCCUUAUGGUGCAAGUGAGCAUUAUUGUCUUGGAAAAUAUUUAAUAGGGCCAAUUCUGGGGUAGGUUCUAAUAAGUGUUUAGUUGUGUUACAUACUUUUUGUAGGACUGCUGUCCAAAAGGGUUGGAUUCAGGGACAUUGCCACCACAUGUGGAGGCAUGUGCCUGUAUAAGUACAGCCUCUCCAACAUUUUGGUAAGCUUCCUGGAUGUAUUACAUUGAUAACUCCGGUUACGCCUCGCGCUGCUGCCAUGCGACUUCCGCUCGCAUCCCAGGGCAAAGUUCGCAACAAGGGGAUCUACUUCUGGGUUAGCGGAGCUCGUAACCCGCUGCGUUCGCAAGGAGGAUGGUACGUAACACGAGGUUCCACUGUAAUUUCAAUUUCCUUGGUGUCAGAUGCUAUUGUUAAGUUUCAAAACGAGUUUCCUUCUUUUGGCUGAGAUUUGAAGGGAGAUUUGGACCACAUUGGGCAGAGUUUAUUUUGUAACCUUUGUCAUGUUCCCAUUGUUUUUUAAUAGUGUUAGGUGAUAUUGCGGGGUUGUGAAGCAGUAUAUUGCAGAUACCAUCCCCCAACUAUGUCCAUCUGCCGACAAAAGAAGGCUUUCAAAAGUGAUCAAGGGCCUAGUGGUGGGUGCUUUUACUGCUAGGUUAAUUAGAAAAGCAUGUACUGUAUUUUUCUGUCUAUAAGACGCCCCCCCAUUUUGGGGGACUCAGAUUUAAGAAAAUGGGGGGGGGGUAUCUGUGUAUAAGACGGCCCCUAAUUUUUGACGUCAUUUUAAAGGGAAAAAAAACUACUCUUAUACAUGGAAAAAUACGGUAGCUGAUGUGUUUUAACCAGAGUAAAUUGAAUGUCUCCUAAUUUAUCCUAUAUUUCCUAUGUUGCUAUGUGUAUAGGCCUUUGGUUUGCCAUGUUUCUAUGUGGAAGGUUUGAGCUGCAUGACAGAAUAACUGGUGAUGAGCCAAGGGGAUUAGUGGGGAUGGGUUAGUGACAAAACACCUACUUUUUGUUUCCAGACCUUAAGCAUGGAUAGUGUUGAGGGGAGUUUUCUCAGCUUGUGUUGGAGGAGUGGGUAUGCAGUAGUGGGAGUGCAGUCCAAUGUGUCCAUUUCCAAGUGUACCUAUUGCAUGGUCUCAUCUUCCAAAAUGUAUGGGAUUAUGUGGCACAUUUGAUAAGCGCUAUAAUAUAGUUCUAUGUUGGGAAUUCCCCAACCCCCUUCUGAACGGAGGAGGUGCAAAUAUUUUGGGCUUAUUCUUGACUUUUUGUAUGAGAAAAUGAAUAACUAGGGGUUUGGGGUUUUUUGCCAUUUACGGAGUUGGAUCCAGAUUGGAAGGGUUUGGAAUAAGUAGGUUAAUUUUGGGAGAAUGAUCAUUUUUAUCUGGCUAUUUUAUCUGAGAGAGUAAAGUUAGAUUUAUUCCAUCUUUUCAGGUCUUUGUCAGUUUAUUGCCAGAGAGGCUUGUAAUUUUGGAGGUGUAAUUUGUUAAGUUUUCUGGUUAUUUGUACCCCUAAGUAUCUAAACUUGGUACGGCGGAGCUUUGUCUUUGUGAUGCUGUUGAAUUCUUUUUGGAUGUGAGAGGGAGUGUUGAAGCACAUUGCCUCAGAUUUAGCAAAGUUCACCUGAAGGCCUAACACCAUUGCAAAAGUGUUGAGUUCUUCAGUCAGAGUGGUUGCUGUUUUAAUUGGGCCUAGUGUCAUGAUCAUCAAAUCAUCCGCAACGAGUCCUAGUUUAUAUGUUUUGCCUGUUAAUUCCAUACCCAUGAUAUUAGGGGCUGCCCGGAGUCGAAUUGCUAUGGGUUCCAGGGCCAGGAUGAAUAGAAAGGGAGACAGCGGGCAUCCUUGCUUCAUGCCUCUUUGGAUUGCAAUGGUGGUGGAAUCCAUAUUGUUGAUUAUGCAUUUAGCUGAGGCUUGGGAGUAAAUUUGUCUGAGGGUUUGUAGUACAGAAGGACUGAAGUUCAUGCUGGUUAAUACUGCUAGUAGGUAUUUCCACUCGAAGCAAUCAAAGGCUUUUAGUAUAUCUAGGGACAUAAUUGUUGGUGGGUUUUUAGUUGUUUUGCUAUGGUUGAUCAGGUUCAGUAACUUACUGAUGGGAUUUGUUAUGUUGCAACAAGGGACGAAGCCAGCUCGGUCUGGGGCUAUUAGUUUGUGCAGGAAGACUUAGCCAGGAUUGAUGUGAAUAUUUUGUACUCCUGAUUUAUCAGUGAGAUCAGGGAAUAUAAUUCUACUUUGAGGCUAUCUUUGAAUGGUUUUGGGAUAGAGACUAUUUUGGAGGAGGUCCAGGUUUUUUGGGAUGGGGGGCCCUUAUAGGAUGUCAGUAAAUAGGUGAGUCAUGUAGGGCGCCAGACUUACCUUGAUUUUUAGAUAUAUAUAGAAUUCUGCUGUGAAGCCAUCUGGGCCUGGGGUUUCAGAUUUUUGAGGAGCAUCUUGUAAUUCCUCUGAGGUGAUAGGACUGUCCAUGAAUUCUUGUUGCUCUGCAGUUAAAAUUGGCAUGGAUAGUCCUGCUAAAAGGGUUUUGAUUUCUUACUUAUACGGGUUCUGGGAAGAGUAUAGAUUAGAGUUAAAUUCCACAAAUUCUGAAGUUAUGUCUUUGGAGGAUAAUGUUGUGUUUCAUCUUUUUUAGUAAUGCAGUAUAGUCUUGUUUUAAGAGAUUUUUUUUCCUGCACCUGUUUGAUAAUAGUCUGGAGUUUUUCCCUCCAUACUUGUAAAAUUGUUGUUUUGAGUAUAGAAUGUUGAUCAUUGUUUUAUUAAUUUCUAGUGAGUCAAUCUCCCUUCCUUUUGUUCUAUGAAUUUAUGGAGUUUUUUAAGCUCCUGCUUGUUUGUAUCGUGUUGAAAGAGCUAUGAUGUCUUAUUCAAGUUUGCUAAUUUUUGAGGUUUGUUUUUUGAGUGAUGCUUUCUCUUUUAUGCAAGCUCCUCUAGCGACCCAGAGAAGGGGGCUUGUUAAGUUGUCUGCAUCAUUUUCCUUGAAAUAGUUUUGAAGAGUUUUCAUGAGACUUUCUCUAGUUACUUGGUUUGUGGUUAGGAUAGAGCUAAAGGACCAUGAUGGAGUGGUUUGUGUUCCCACCAAUGUUUGUUGUUUCAACCAAGGGGAUCAGGCUUUAUGUGAGCAGAAUGCUAUCCAGUCUGAACGUUGUGCCAUGGCGCCCGGACUGGAAUGUGUGACUGGUGUCUCCUGGGUUUUUUUCACCCCAGAUGUCCUGUAGGCCUCCAUUUUUUAGCAUUUUUUAAUGAUUUCCAGGUGGAAAUCCUGCCACCCUCUCACAUAACUUGGAACUUGUUAAGUAAAUGGUAAGAAUGAAACCUUGGUAAAAUCCUUGAUUGUUGCUUGGCCUCCAGGAUGCUCAUUAUCCUAGCACAAAAAAAUCAGGAAGGGACUGGUAUAGUGGAUUACAGCUGUCCCAUUCCUAGCUGUGUGCAUUUGAAUCCUACUGAAGGCUGAGCUUGUGUGUGCUGAGUGUAAGAUUGAACCAUUGUUUUUGAAUAAGCUGAUCACUCUUAGACACACUCUAUUCACUGCCAGAGCUUGACAAGUAAGCAAACUAGUCUUAGCGUUUUUCUGUGGAUAAAAAACAUUGCACCUCUUUAAUUUGUGCAGCAGAGUAGAAAGCUAGUUCGUAAAAGAACUAAGAAAUUUAAGAAAGGCUUAUUUCAGUUACCUCUUGUACUUCCUCCAAGGAGCUUGGGGCCGUGUAUGUGAUUCUCCACUAACCAAGUUCAUCCUCUCGGCACCCAUGUGAUGUAGGUUAGGUUAUGAAGUGGUUCACCGACUGAACAGGAAUUUGAACCCAGAUCUGUCUGAUCCUAGCCUGAGCCACAAUUUGGCUAUUCCUGCACUGUUCACUAUUUCAUAAUUCUUCUAUCAUAUUAUUUUCACAUACAUAUCCCAAAUGCUAUUUUCAGUUUCUCAGAAGGAAAGCCAGAUGCAUUCUAGAUAAAGUCCAAAUUGAGCAGGUCUGGGGAGGGGAGGGGCAAUUUCCUUGCUUACUUUACUAACUAAAGCAAACUUCUGCUCCAGUGGUUUUCCUGAACCAGUAUGCUGCCACCAUUUAAUAUCACUUACACUCUUUUCUGUCUUAACUUACCAAUACUUCAUGGAACAAAGCCAAUCAGGUCUAGGUACUAUAUUUAACAAAGAUAUUAAAAGUUUUAUUUAAUACAGGAUUAUAUAUUGCACAGGUUUGUGUGGGUACUUUAAUAUAGUACUGUCUCUUUAAAUGGGUUUGUUUGUUUGUUUGUUUGUUUGUUUGUUUGUUAAAUUUCUAUCCUGCCCUUCCUCCCAAAGGAGCCUAGGUAAACACAUUGAUAACUUGUUACUGUCGCUUUAAAUGCCAACAGCUUAUUUUGCACUACUGUUACUGAACUAAGAGAGCUUAGAGGAAUCAGUGAUUAUGAAAGCUCCUCUGCUAGACUGCUCUUGUAUUUACUGCACCCCGUUUAAGCCCCACCAACACAUUUGAGAGCUCUAUUUCAAACCCUACUUGACCGAUUGAAUUGAAGGUCUGUUUUUGCUGUCCUGUCCUGGACUCUUUUCUCUGCCUCUCCUGCCAGACACCAGAGCCUAGUAUUCCAUACUGCCUCUCACUUCUGCUCUUCAUAGACAGGUUAUCUUCUCAUCAUCUAUGCCAAGUGAUUCAGCUACCCUAGUAAGUCUUAGGCUACUAGUCACUCUGGCUUCCUUUCAGGUCUUCUUCCUUCUUCCUCAAUUCUUCUCCUUUGUUUUUGUCAUCAUCUUCUGCAUUCACCACAGAAGCCAACCAUCAGCCAAAACAAACCGACCCUGACUGACUAGCACCCAGCCAUAUAUUCAUUUUUUCUGCCUCCCAACCCCCAGUCUAGCCCCAGCCAGUCACAAUAAGAAUUAUGAGCCGCAACCACCAAGAUACUAUGCAUACUUUCUAUCCUUCUUUUGCAUACUGAGACUUCUGUUUCCAACCCCUACUCAACUGUCACUUAAGGCCCCUCAGUGACAGAUAAACCAAAGUUCACCUUACCAGACUUCCCCAUCAAACACAUUGCAACAUACAUUACAAUACGAAUGACACAAUAUCCAUUAAAAGCAGUUCAAACAAAUUGGUUUUCUUUACAAGGUCUAAAAGGGGUAGGGAGAUUGUGGUGUUACCUCCAGUCCUGCUACUGCUGUAUACUAUCCCUCCCUUAAGAAAAAAGGUGCAGCUUCAACAAAAAUCUGGAAGUUUGUGCUGCCACAACUAUAAUGGCAUCCUGUGUAGGCAACUUUUCUCCAGCCAGUAUCUCCUUUUGUAUAAAGACCAGUUCUAUAUAAAUCAAAACUUUUAUCCUAGUCAUGAAAAAUCUGGUUUGAUGCAGAUAUCAGCUAGUGGGCCAGCUACGCAUUUCAUGUUGAGCAUACUCCCUGUGCAGCAAGAAAACUGCUAGCACAUUUGCAAAGUUAAGUAGGGUCCGGUAUGGUUUCACAUUGGAUGAGGAGCCAUGUCUUUCAGUUCCUACAUUGCAGGGGGUUGGACUAGAUGACCCUCUGUGCCCCUUCCAACUCUGCAAUUCUGUGAUUCUGCUAGUUCAGUAAAAUGUAUUUUUCCAAACUUCCAUUUUUGCCUACUAAGUUGCUACAUGUGAGAGUCUUUUUCCUUCUUUUUCCUGACAUAACUACCACUUUCUAUCAUCACUAGUUUUCCAUUAAAUUACAAAUAUGCACUAGGUACGUUUGGAUGUUCUUAUUCCCUUACCCCCAUUUCUAGACUUCAGUUCUGUGGUCUAGCAUAAAAUUUUAAGAAUGCCAGUGUAAAAAUGUGUAGGCUUCCCUUUUAAACAAGCUGUUAAAAAUGUUCCAAGUAUUGUUUCAUCAGUGUAGCUUGAAAGCAUAGUUUUGCUUAUGGUAUUCCUUUUAAAUAUGAGUCUGUAUUGUAGUUUUUAAAGCCUUUAUUGAUUUUCAUGUAUUCUCUUGACCCCGUGCUAUAGUUUUAAGUUGCUCAGCUGACAACCAUGCUCAUAACACGUUGGCAACAACUGUGUGAAUAAGAUCGCUCCAUGUGUGUGGUAACUCUAUAGAGAUAGAGAUAGAGAUAGAGAUAUGUAUGAGAAUGAAUGAGAAAACUGGGUUUGAAUUGAAACACUUCAAAUAUUAACUCCCUAGAGUUUUGGUGUAGGAUAGUACUGUUUAUAACACAGUCAAGGGUUGGCUUUUAGAGUCUGAUGAAUGAAAGUCCACAGUGUAAGACUGCAGCUUUUUGUGUGCAAGAAAGAGGCAUCUGUGUUAUAACAAGAGGAGGAGACCCAAUGUAGACAAAGCCAGAGUUCCUUCAUAAAAAAAGGAAUGAAUUAUUUUCUAGCUGGAGUAAAUAUUUAUACAAACAAACUUUUCUUUUCAGCUGCUCAUCAGGAUUGCUAUCGCACUACCAACUUGGCUAGAAAAUUGGUUUUCGUUGCCCAACACGGCUGCACGUGGUGCUAGGGAGGCAGAUGAGGAGUUCAGACAAAACUGGCUUGUCUCAAAGUAGAGCGAGAGGAUUUGGCUGUUUGAAAUAAAAUGUAAAGUGAUUGGGGAGUGGGGGAUAUGUCCAAAUCAAGCAGGAAGCAGGAGCUAGAUAGUAUGAAAAGUGUGUAAGGAAACUCAAGCGUAUAAAGAAUCUAGAAUGCAAGAGCUAAUUUUAAUUAAUGCUAAAGGGGUUUCUAAUGCAUUCAUAUACAUGUUGCUUGAGGCGUGGUAGUUUUUCGUGCCAUGGUCCUAUCUUGGUGGCAUGCUUCUUAUUUGUUUUGCUUUCAUGUGAUGGUGUUGUAAUUUGGCCUUGCAGUUUUCCAACUUGUCUGACAUGAGCAAGGGUUUUAUUGUGUGCUGGUGAACAGUGAGCUAAAUAUUUGGUGGCAAAUUCACAUAUUUAUAUGCAAGCUUGGUUUCUCAUAUAUCCUUCAGUCUGUGAGGGUAACCAGGGGAACCUGUGUGUUUGUAUGUAUGUAUGGACACAUUUUUUUAUGUAUGUCAACACAACAAACAAUGAUAAAGUCUCCACUAUUGCAGUAUGCUGAUCUUUAGACUCCUUAACUAUUUGGUCAUGCUGUAAUACAAAUAACACCUUCAACCAUGUCAGACACCUAAACCAGAUCAACACAAAAGGCUGAUGAAAAUUAAUAAACAGAAUUUCCACUAAUGAUUUACCCAAACAUUUCCAUAACAUUGUAUCUACUUAGAAAUGUGUAUAUGUGUUGUGCACAUGUGUAUAACUUUUCUUAAAAAAUAAAUAAUAAAAGAAGAACAGAACUUUCAUUAUAAACAGCACAGUAGUUUAUCUUGGCAUUACUCUCCCCCACCACCACCACCACCACCACAAAAAAAUGACAACCGCCUCUAUAAUUUCCUUUAUAAUCCUGAAUUUUUUGAAGAAUCAAGACAUGUCUUGAAGAAGCAUUUGACACCCCACAAUAAUAAUAUAACACUAUUCAGCUGUCUCAAACAUAGUAUUAAUAGUAAGAGAGGAAAAUUACACUUCACUGUAUUACACUCAUACAAGAAUACUGUUUUAACUUAAGGGAGAGGGAACAAUGUUAUAUCAAGUCUGCUAGCAAAUAGCUAUGGUAUUUUUCUUCCAAUGUCCAAAUAGAGGUUGUAGCUCAAAAGUGUUAUUACCAUAUUUCAUAUAUUAAUAGCAUCAUGCAAUCAUGGAAGUUUGAAGAUUAUUUCCACAGCUAAACAUUUAUAUUAUUGUAAAUAUAUCUAUUUAUUUAACUGCAUUUUUAUACCAAUUGUAAAUAAAACGGUUAACCUGCUUACAAAUGUAGCCACCAAGAAUUUAUCAUACAUUGCCCCAUACUAAAUUGUUGGUCACACACAGACAUGCCCAAGCCACAUCAAAUACCUUAAAUCAUUUCUGCCACCUCCACCCUCUGUUCUAUAUCAAAAAGGAAGCAAAAAGCAUCAUGUUACUUUAUCCUGCUUCCCAUUAGCCCCCAAAUAAUUUAUUUUUGUUCAGCAAAAUCUAUAUACCACUUGAUUGUAGUGAAACCUCUAAGCAAUUUACAAGAAAUAUUAAAAUUAUCAAUAAGAACAGUUAAAAACAAUUAAAAUAAGUAAAAUUAACAGUUAAACAGGCUGGCAAGCCCUAAAGUAGCCUAAUGCUUAUGGGGCAAAAAGCUGUAUUUCCAAAAAUUUGUUUCCUUUUUAAAGGGGUCGUUUGAAUCUUAAAAUAAGAGGGCUAAAGUAUAAGUAACUUUUGUUAUGCUAAAAUCUGAGGUGUUUUAAAGUCCUUCCUAACGAAAUAUUCUUACAAUUCUUGCUGAAUUUAGUCUGAGUAUGAUUAACAUAGAUGUUGUAGGUUGGUUGGACUUGAAAGAUUACAUUCCAGGCAUACACAAGUAAAUUCUUAUUCAGAUGUCAGUGAAAAUGUUUAAAUAAUAUCAUUCACUUGUUAAUAACUUUAUGAUGCAGUCCUAAACAUAUUAACUACCAUGCAAGAUCCAUUCAAAUUAGUGGGAUUACAGUACACCUCACUGAGUGAACAUGUUUAUAAAAUAAAGAUUGUAAAGUACUUUUUGCAUCACAUGACUUUUAGUAAGUAGUAGAUACAAUAACUGAACACACAAGGUGCAUUUGAAAUAUUUUAAGGGUUGCUUAUUUUGAUUCAACUUUAUGUUUAAUGAGCAUUUUCAGUUUUAAUCGCACUAUGAUAGUUGUUGUUGUUGUUAAUAUAAUUUACAAUUUCACUAUAAGGACCAAAAUUAUAAAAUAAAGAGUAAUUGAAAGACUGUGAUAUAGGAGCAAAGGAGUUAGAGCAGAGAACUGUAAAUUUACCAUUACACCAACCAGACUAGUUCCUGUUUUGUUUGCAUUUUAUUCUGUUUUCUCCUCUUGUCUAGAUUUCCCCCCCCCCCCCCAUUCAUAGCUAUGGAGAACUGACUGACUUGCUGUAAAUGCUAGUUUUCACAGUAGGUUUGUUGUAUGCAUUUAUUUUGUUGCUAGUCCUUGAGCUAUACUUGGAGUUCAAAUAGAAAACACAAGAUGGAGAAACUUUCGGGCGGUUCGGGGGAAAGCCAUACCCAAUAGUUUUGUAAAAAGCAAACAUAAUUUGGGGUUUCUUACAGGCUGUUUUCACAUACAGCUACCAUAGAAACUAAUUUUAAUGUGCUCCUUUUUCACAGGUGCUAGACGGACUGUUAGCACAGUAUGGAACAGUGGAGAACUGUGAGCAAGGUAACACUAAAGUCAGACAAUUAAAGAAAAAAUUUAGGGAUGUAAGCAUAAAAUUACGCUGCCCCCCCCCCAUAAUAACCCUUUUCCUUUUCUUUCUUUUUCUAGUGAAUACGGAGACAGAGACUGCAGUAGUUAAUGUAACAUAUGGCAAUAAGGAUCAGGCCAGACAGUAAGUGUUUAUUUACUUGGGUUUUAUAUCUGAGACUUACAUCAGACUAAACGUGGCUAGGAUUAUACUAUAAGAUUCAAUUCUAUGGACUAAAAUUCAAAAUUGUGGGCUAAUGCAAUUGCCGUAACUUCUUGUUUGAUUGAAUGGCAGUUCCAUUGAAGCUGAUGGAAAUCUUAAUUGGCGUUUGUGGAAACUGCCAUAAAAGUUUGUGCAACGUAUAUGUAAAAAUACAAUUUAUAUCUAGAAGACACAAGUCUUCUAGUCCAGUAUUUUUCUUACCUUUUGGAGGAUUAAGCCUGUUCCUAAUUUCUAGUUAAUAUAUCCGAGGAUUUCAGAAUUGGAUGUAAUGUAAGCUUGUUACAUCGUCUGAGCAUUCAUAGUAUUCUGUUUCAUUCUGAGGGGUCAGGGAGAGGGUAUUAACAUUUAUCAGUGGCUUUACAGCAUGUCUGAUGAAAUAUACAUUAUGAUAUAAAACUUCUGCCGUCACCCAAAAUGGUCUGCCUUUAACCUUGGCUCUUAAACGCUAGCUCAAGCAAAAUUUUAAAGUAUUCUGCAAAAUGAUCAGGGUUCAAAAUUUGCUAGGUCUCCCGCAGAAGCGAAUUCCAUAGUAGUAGGCAGCCACUGGGAACAAUAUUUAUAUGCCCUUGCUUUUUAAAUAGCCUCUCUGUAAGUAAAGUCAAGAGAGUGCUUUUAAAGGUCACAGUGGCACAUAAGUGAGGAAGAAGUCUCUGAGAUAUGCAAGAUCAAAGGUUUUAUAAGGAUAAAACAUCAGUUUUAUUUAUGCCCAGAUGCUUGAGCUCUAGUGUAAUGUGUUUUGGUUUGUAGUGCAUUGUCUAGCCUCUGCAGCAACAGUACAGUUGUCAAGACUCAUGAGCAGGUCACAACAAAAGGGAGAGUUGAUAAAAAGAUAACACCGGUCACAGUUGAAGAUAAUUUUCUAGCCCAACAUUGAAUGCUAGAACAUCUCACACUUUCAAAGCUGCAUAGCCAGGGAUGACUGGACAGCAUCAGUGUUCAGAAUAUUAUUACUCCCAUUCUCACUAGCUAUGAACAUUUGAUUUGAUGACCCUAGAUCCAAUGUACUGAGCUAUAUAAAUGGUCAGAUCCAGAGUUCUGUGAACAAGGGUAAAUUUGAAACUCAAUAAUCACUGGCUUAGAUUGAUUCAGUGACCUGGUAGCAGUCAGGGAAAUGCCUCUGACAAAGACCCUAGGAACUGCUGCUUCUCAGUGAUGAUAGCACAAGAGUGGACCCACCUUUUUAUUUGUGACAAGGCAAGUUGGGUCUUUUGCCCUGUAUUUGUAUCCAAGGCAGCUGUCUACCAGUUCCAUCUGGUUCCUACCUGCCUGCGCACUGUCUCACCAGAAUGGUGCAUGCUCUGGUUAUCUCCUGCUUGGAUUACUGUAAUGCACUCUACAUGGGGCUUCCUUUGAAGGUGACUCAGAAACUACAACUAAUCCUGAAUGUGGCAGCUAGACUGGUGACUGGGACUGGCUGACAGGACCAUAUAACAACCCCCCUCAGCAGCAGAUUUUAAAAUUCCUGCUCUAUAUUCCACCAAUCUGCUAUGUUAAAUUGGAUGCAGAAAAUGCAUGUAUAAGUGUACCUUCUCAUAUGGACACUUUGGAUAGAAUUCUGCAUCCCGUGAGCAUAAUUAUUCUCUCCUUCCCCACCCCUCACUUUCACAUGAACUUCAUAAAAACAAAAAGAAGUUAAAAGAUACAGUAAUAGUCUGUCUCUUUCAAAACUUGCACUGUCUUGAAUAUCUUGUUUACUGUGCUGUUCCUUUGAAAUAAGCUGCUCUUGACAGUUGUUCCAUCCUCCCACCUGUUGUGUAACAUCCUCUAGGAAAAUGUAUAGCUGCAUUGCUGUGGAAUGCAAGCUUUUAAACUGAAGCAGGAGUUAUAAAAUACUUAAACUACUCUCUCACUGUCCUGUUAAACCACUACAAAAGAAUUAAAAUGAGAUCCAUUGGAAAACUGAGAAAGAAUUCAAGAACUGUUCUGUUAGUUUCAUGUAAGAAUGUUACAAAGGCGAUACUGAGACCAGUUGUGUGUGUGGAGAAAAGCACCCCAUCUCCCAUGAGAUCUGUUCUGGAUCAUAUACCAUGAAGGGACUUGUUGCAUGCUACAAAUUGGUCAGUGCUAACCAACUGACAGCUUAAUGCGCCUUUAUGCAAUAUUGCAAUUAGCUAUUUACGUGAUUGCUUGUGGGGAAGUAGCACUUGCCUCUAGGCAACCAGGUGCAGCCCCGCAGCAGGUGUGUGUGAGCAGCAAAAGAGGCAGAGAGUGAGUUUGCCAAGUCUGGUUGGCUCCUUGCCCUGCCUGGAGAAAGCGAGUAAGGGUGCUAUUCGCUGCUGUGUCUAAAAACUCUAACUGACUCCUUUUUAUUAUAUACAAGACAUCACUUCAUUCCCCAUUGACUUAUUUAAAAGUGAGUACAUCCUGAUACAUUAAAAGGGCAAAUUAUUGAGGCAUGUGUUUUGGCUGCUAUCCGUGUGUGUGUGUGUGUGUGUGUGUGUGCGCGCGCGUGUGUGUGUGUGUGUUCGCAAGCAACAUUUUUGCAUUCCCUCAGGUGAAAGUGAUAAUAGAAUCAUCGAAUUGCAGAGUUGGAAGGGACCCUGAUGGUCAUCUAGUCCAACCUCCUACAGUGCAGGAAUCUCAACUAGACCAUACAUGACAGGUGGUCAACCUCUGCUUGAAAACCUCCAGUAAAGGAGAGCCCACCACCUUGGACAUAAUCUCCAGCACAAAAUCCAGUAUUUGAAUCCCAUUGAUUUCAGUGGAAGUCAAACAUGCUUUCAGUUUUCCAGUUUUAAUAAAUGGGUCUUUAAAAGAACUUAACUGUGGCUGGAUCGUGCACUUAGUUGUUCAUCGAUCUCUGUUGCAGAAGAACCAGCCAGAUUGAAAGAAACCAACUUUCUGAGGGAUUUCAAUUUGAAACUCAGAUCUAUAUAGAACAGGGGCUGGCAGCCUAGGGCCCCUGGGCCACAAGUGGCCCAGGGGGGUGGUUUAACUGGCCCACAAGCAGCCCUUGAACCGAGCUGCCCGUUCAGUGAGUCCCCGUGCACUGCGCAGGGACUUGCUUCCGCAGCGACGGAAAUCUCAUCUGCGUAGGCACAGACACCUGAAAUCGCAUCUGCGCAGAUGCCGAAAACUGUGGGCACGCGCGUGUGCAAUCUGGCCCACAGAGGAGUCUCUGCUGGAGUGAACCGGCCCAGGCAAGGUAAACCUUGCCGACCCUUGAUAUAGAUAAGCAGCACUUUCUCUUCCAUCAGUUUGCUGGAAUUCUGUAAACAUGUAUUUCAAUCCGCUUAGCACUAGCAAGUCAUUAAUGGGGGCACUGGUCUCAAAAGGCAGAAAAUAUGAGUUCUGGCCAUGAGGAGAUAAAAACAAAGCAUUCUACAUUCCAAAGUAUGUUAAUAAUAAAACAUAGUGAUAUAUUCAUUGGAACAUAGGAUGCUGCCUUAUCCCAGGUCUGAUUGUUCAGCAGCAUAGCUCCAUACUGACUACUGGCUGACUGGCAAUGGCUCUCUAGGAUUUGAGGUCGUUACUUUCCCCAUCAUCUGGUACCUGAUCCCUUCUAUCUGGCGAUGCCAUAGGCUGAAUUUGGGAUGUUCGGCAAAGCAUGUGCUCUGCCACUGAACAACCGUCCUUCCUAUAUGUUGGGAAAGCAUUCUAGAGUUUCUCCCGUAUGACCAUGGGAAUACAUGGAAGAGUGGUAGGCAGUCAACAAUCCCUUCUUGCAAGGUUCUUCAUGCUUACAGAAUUGAUUUUGAAGCGCUGAAGCUUAGUCCAACAUUGCCCACUUCAGGCCGUGACAAAAAUCCCACUAUUGAACAAGGCUUUUAAAUUAUUUGCUAAGGUGCUUGAAGUCUGCCCCAGCCCUCUUCUUUUUGUACUCUGUGUAUGGUGAAUAGUGACAGAAGACAACGUGACCAGGUGGCAAUUGUAAGACAUCUUUUUGAAAGUCUAAAUAUAAUGGUGCUUACUUCUGAAUGAAUAGGAUUGCACUGAAAUGUCACCUUGUUUGUUGACCCUUCAGUGAUAGGGAAAAUAAGGCGACCAAACAAUUCCCCUUCCCCCGAAGACAUAAGAAUUUUGAGAACAGUUAAAUCUUUCAUCAUAGCACUUAUAUUUGUUCAUGUUAAAAUUCUAUUAUAAUGCAUACUACUCGGGAGCAGCUCAGUUGCUAUGGAAACUUUUAACUUCCCUUAAUUUCCUGAAAUUAAUACUGUUGGUCAUUUGUGUUUUUAGAGAUGUUUGUUGCUAUUUGCUUUCAAGUACUCCAUACAGUUGUACUUUAAAGUAACUCAGUACAGCUAACCAGAAAGGAUUUGGCCAUGCCUUUUCCUACAUUGAGAUUGGAUCUUUUUCUACACCAAGGUAAUGUGUAGCCAAUGCUCAUUUUAGAGCCCCAGCCUUAUUCAGUUUCCCAUCCCUAUGAGUGUGCCAAAUGCUGUAUAAAAUUGAGCUGUCAGUUGUUCACUCAUGUACAAAAGAUUGUGUGGUGUGAUAAAAGUCAGAGUUCAGUUUCUAUCUGAAACCUCCUUUUCAUCUCUAUACCUCACUUCUUCUGAAGACCAGAUUACACUCAUGUGUUUCAAAGAGGAUUUUACUCAUUUGCUGAGGUGGUUAAGUACUACUUCAGAAUUUAUAGUUACUUACAAUAUGAUGGUAAAGGAGUUGUGUUCAGGUAUGUUUACUUCUAACACCUUUUUAACAGUUGUAGGGAAAGCAACUCACACUUGUCACGCACGUAAAUGUGACAGAUUUUAGCAGAGGUUGAAAACUGUAGGAACCACAGAGAAAGAACUGUAUUUGAGCAGGAGGGAGGGGGGCUUCCAUUAGCAUGCCUGAAUUGAUUCCCAAAGGAAUUGUUCUCCAGUACUUAAAGGCUUGUGUGCUUUAUGGGCUUGUGAAAGUUAGCAGAACCAAUAUAAACCAUAGUGCAAAUUAUGAAAUUUGGUAAUUAGGCUGUGCCACUUGACCCCAGGUGUCCUGAUAUUUUGAGGUCCUUGUUUCACAGUAUGGGAAAUCAUAGGAUUGUUAAAUAAAUAAUGAAAAGAACAAAUACUAUUUCAUGGUUCAAGUGCUUGUUUCUUGUUUCAAGGGCAUUAAUAUGUUUUACAUGAUGGUGAAUAAAAUACUAGAGCUCUCCCUACAAGCUUACAGUUUAAAACUGUAGGAAUAGAAGGCUAUGAUGAUCUCUGUGUUAUGGGUCUGUUACUUGUGAGCGAAAAUGCCUAACAUAAUGAUUUCUUGUUCUGCCAGCUCCCACUUACAAAAUCUUCCCUUCCUUGCAAACCUGUACAGAGCCAUAGAAAAACUGAACGGAUUCCAGCUUGAAAACUACUCACUGAAAGUUGCAUAUAUUCCUGAUGAAAUGGCAGCGCAGCCACCUCCUCAACAGCAUCCACAGGGGAGACGUGGAUUUGGGCAGAGGGGUCCUCCCAGGCAAGGUUCGCCUGGCGCAGGUACAAGGCAAAAGCCACAGUCUGAUGUUCCACUACGGAUGCUGGUUCCUACCCAGUUUGUAGGAGCCAUUAUUGGAAAAGAAGGAGCCACCAUAAGGAACAUCACAAAGCAGACACAGUCAAAGUAAGUUGUCCCAUUACAUCUUUCUAGGGUGUUUUUAUUUCAUGGUUGCUGAGGUUUUGAUAAUAAAAUAGUUCAAUACAGUGGUACCUCUGGAUGCGAACGGGUUCCGUUCCGGAGCCCCGUUCACAUCCUGAGUAGAACGUAACGCGUCUGCGUGGGUCGUGUUUCGCUGCUUCCGCAAAUGCGUGUGACAUCAUUUUGAGUGUCUUUGCGAGCGGCGAAACCCGGAAGUAACGCACUCUGUUACUUCUGGGUCACUGCGGAGCGUAACCUGAAAAUGCUCAACCUGAAGCAUAUUUAACCCGAGGUAUGACUGUAGUUUAACAAUUGGGGUGUGGUAAUAUAUAGGAAGAGAAGAACUCUUUUCUGUUGGAUCUUGUUCAGCAGGUCAUGUGAGCAAGGAUUCUGGUCCUGACCAGGCAUGCCUCAGUACUAUUGCUGUGAACUUUUGCUUUACGGUAUAUUACCAAAUUUGAGAAAAUAGAUCAGUAUUGGGAAUAUGUCAUACUGAUGCUAUGAGUGCUGAGGCCUCAGGUAAUGAAAGUGAAACAGAACUGUCAAAAGAAGUACAGUACCCGUAUGUGAAAUAAGAUUGAUGUUAUAUAGCAGCAGGGAUGGGCAACAUGAAGCCUGCCUUGUACUCUUGCCCUUUACGUCCAAGUUGUUAGCAUUGCUAAUUUUGGUGGUCACGGCCAGUGUGUGAAAGCCAAGUACUACUUGCUUUGGCCAUUUUCCAUGGAGAGAUAUCACUACAUUAUUAUCCACUCAGUAUUUUUAUGUCUACACCUGGCCGUUAUGUUACAAACAUGACCAAGCCAAACGUUGCAUUACAUUCAGAUAUCUUUUUAAACCAGGUUGUUUUAAAAAUAAUUUAAUAUAACUGCUUGGUUUUUUGCAAAAUAUUUUAGUAUCACUUUCUCAUCCUGGUUUCAGUUUUCGGUUUAGUGACUACCUACUGUUAGUGAUAAUUGUUGUAUGUUGAGCCAUACUUAAAAUGUGAAUUGAAGAAGGGAGGGAGGAAUUUUCAAGGACAAGGCAGGAGAAGAGGAGAGGAGCAUGCCAAGCCUGCAGGAUAGGUCCAGUGUCUGAUCUGGGCCAGUGUGGAUCUGUAAUAGAUUCUCAUUAAAACUUAGUCAAGGGAUUCUAUCCAAAGAAAUCAAGACUUUGUAUUUCAACUUAGUGCAGACUUUAAUUUAUACAGCCAUGUUAGUGCUCUAGGGUUAUUUCAGAACUUCGAAGUAAGACAUUCAACUGAAUUGGAGGAUUUGUAGUAGAGCAGUGGUACAAGUAGUGAAAUGAAUGACAAGCAACUGACCAAAGUUUGACUUGUCUUGUCACUUGCAACAGAGAAAGAGCUUGAGGGUAGUGGUUUAUAGGAGUGCAUAACAAGAUGCGGACAGUCCCUUGAUAUACUAUAUUAGCGGAACUGCCUAAACUGCCCAUGAAGUUAACAGUUUGAGCAAUGUGUUGCUUUAUCCAGUUUUAUUGUACAUAGUGAGUGAAUAUCAUUUUAUAGAAUUUUGCUGGAUACUCAAACUUUAAAUAGAAUGACUUUCUUCAGAGUUGCCAUUGUUCUGAUGCUGUAAGAAAUGUGUACAGAAAUUGUUUUUUGCAUGCAUGCACAGCUGAUGAUGGAUGACCACUUUUUUGUAUUACAAUAUUCAUUUGGGCCCCACUGAACAGGAUAGAUGCUUUUUUUGUGUAUGAAUGAGGAUGCAUAUCCACAUCUGGAACCAUCAGCUGUUGCAUGCAACCUGAACUGUAUCAAGGCCCACAAGUUCAUAGACAAUUUUCUCUACCAAAGCAGAACUCAAGACUGCUCUCUCAAGACGGAAUGCACAAUUUUUACUACUUUUUGUUUCUUUGCAGAAUUGAUAUUCAUCGUAAAGAAAAUGCAGGGGCUGCUGAAAAACCAAUUACGAUCCAUUCUACUCCAGAAGGGUGCUCAACCGCUUGUAAAAUUAUCAUGGAGAUAAUGCAGAAGGAAGCGCAAGAUACUAAAUUGUGAGUAAAGAAUGCUUUUAUUAAGAGGUCAUUGGGUUUUUUAAUAGUCCAUCUGAAGUAGAUAAUUGACAGUUUGUAAGAAUGGAACUGAAAAGUGAACCCAUAGGAAUGUCAGGUCUUGAUCCUUGUACUAUGUUUAUGUGUAAUAUAAUUAUAAAAUAGCAGAAGACAACUGGUGAGCAAUUCUGAAGCAGAAAAGUAAGAGAUUUUUGUUUGUUACACCUUUCAGCACCUUUUUGUGCAAUUAAAAGAAAAUGUAAGAGGAUGGGUGGUUGGUUGCUUUUCAGAUAAAUUCCUGACAUUUGAUGGUUAGGAAUGAUACUCCUGAACCAGGCAUACAGGCUUCCAUAGUGAGCUAUUCCCAGGCCACCUAGCAAAGGUUAGGUAAAUAAUGUCUGAAAAGCCAGAUAACUAGUAGCAGAAGUAAUUGUUAUGGUAUUCAAACCUAACAUGCAGCAAAUGAAAGACAAAUAUCCUUUGUAAAAGAAACCUAUGGGAGAAGGGCAACCUUCUCUCUUCCCACACUUCAUGCCUGUUUUUCUUCACUUGUAAGCUGGAAGAGGGGAAUACACCUGAGUUCUUGCUUAAGCUCUGUUGUAUCAAGUUGAAACUAAAGCAGCAAAUGCCUUACAGCUGUUGACAAACUCAUUCUCCUCUUCCUCUCACCCCACCCUCAAGCUGGUGUCCAAGAAUGCCUGUGGCUGUUGGGUAGAAAAGAAGACUGAGCUUUCUUUGGUAACUGAGAAUACAUGAAGUGUAACAGAUGCAGCCUGCUCUGUUUUCUACCCAGAGAUGGAAGGAAUCUGCGUCUAAUAAGUGUGAAGGAAUCCCGCUCAAGGGUCAUGGAAAUGGCAGAAAAGUUCCUUCUGCAAAACAGCCUUUUCCAUUAGUUAUUCCUAUGGAUUAAGCAGAACAAUUAAUUACACUUGAGGAAAUCAAGCAGGUUUUUUCUUGACUUAGAGGAAUUUAUCAUGACAGUUUAAGAGUCUCCUGAUUACAUGGUUAACUGUCUGAGCCCUGAGUCAUUGGAGAAUGACUCAACUUUUUGAUUUGUUACUGAUAGUGAAUUAUGUGACUCUUGAGUUCAUGCAAUUCUCUGGACUGCUUACAGUACAGAAGAAAUUCCCUUGAAGAUACUAGCACAUAACAAUUUUGUUGGCCGCCUCAUUGGCAAAGAAGGAAGGAAUUUGAAGAAAAUCGAGCAGGACACAGACACUAAGAUCACAAUAUCCCCGUAAGUAUUCAAUUCUUGUGAAAUGGUAUAUCUUAGUUUUUUAAAAGUGCUAUCACUUUUUAAGAGCUUCCUCCCCAAGUUUCAGCCACAGCUAAUACAAAUUAACAGAUGCAUAAAUCAACACCCAAAUCCACUUUUUACUGAGAAUAGGAUGAAACCUUUUCUAGGAAGCCAUAUGAUGAGCUGGCAACUUUAAAUGGUGUUUUUAUCAGAAUUAGUUUAAUGACCAGUGAGGUUUCCUGAAAGCUAGUGUCCCUGUGUUGAAAGCAUUGCUAAUUCCAGUAAAUAUAUUUGGCUGUGCAUAGAAAUUACUUACUAGUUGUCUUCAGUAUGUUACGUCCUUUUGUGUGUGUUUUUAUAGUAAUUUUUAUUUGCGUGUUUUACAUAUUUUGCAUGUUAAGUCCUUUGGGUUCCCUUGUCUACAAAUACUAUCAUAAAAAAUAUUUAUUAAGGCACAACCACCACCUCCCCCAAUUUGCCCCAUGGCACUGAUCCAGAGAGCAUCAGGUUGACCUGACUUGGGAACCACCACCCCAGAUCUAGUCCUAAAUAAGUUUGGGGCCAGGGCCACUGUUUAAAUAGGGUUUCAAAACUUGUGGUCUGUCUUAAUAAAGGUGUUUAAGAGUCUUGGAAUUCCCAGGAAUGGUACAAGAGCCCCAACAGGGAUCGGAUCUAUUGAGACCCAAAGGGGCAAUAGUAGUAUCCCCUGGGGAGAAGGUUAUACAAUGAAAUCUUACUGACCGUUGGAAGUUAUCCAUGGGCCUUCUAAACAUCCUUCUCCACGGACUGGUUCUUUUGACACUAGGCAGCUACUAAAAUAUGAAUAAGGAGUAUCUUCAGUUUUGCAAGAUGGGGGUCCCUUUUUCUGCAUUGCUUACUGUCCACAGACUUCUUUCAUGGAGGUUGCACCUGACACACUCACCCAUAUGCCCAUUGUCCUUGGAAGCUGACAAUCCUCAAAAGUUUUGUUCCAGGCUGCAGUGACUUUGGCUCAAAGAAUCCCAGCCUCUUGUCAAUUCUGCAAGAUCUUUGUGUUUUCUACAUAGACAGAUCUGCCUGCCAUUCAUGUAGGAUAUUCUGUGUUUCUCAAUAGGUUUGUGUCUCCUGCUUUUAUCCCAGUCCUUAGGAGAACAGUUCACAUGUUUUGCAUGCUUGUAGAGUGAUCUGGAUCUGGUGCCUUUACUUGGAUCCUCCUUGGAAAGAGAACAGAAUACCUUCAGAAGACAGCCUGAUGACUCAUCUUAGCUUAUUGUUUUUGUGAAACGUUUCCCAGUGACUGCUAGGGACUUUUGGUUUGCUGCUCUAUUUCCUUGACUGCGGUACCACCUGGAGCUCAAGCCAGCCUUCCUCAAGAGUCUUUGGGGAAGAACACUUCUUUUGUCCCCACUGUUGUUUCCACAUUUUUCUCCUUUUUGGAGAUGCUAGUUGAUACAAGAAACAUUUUCAUAGGACUUCUUGUCUCUGGAGAGAAGUAGCACUGUUCAGUGAGUCCAGUCCUCCAUUCUAGUGUCUUGAAAGGUUGCUGUAAUUGCUUUAAAGCCCUGCUUCUGUGGAGGUCAGGCAAUAAUGCAUUUUGACCAUUGCAUCAGCAAAUACGAGCAACUACCAAUCCUUACUCUUUUCGGGCAGGGUUUUUCCUACUCUGUUGGAAACUUAAAGCUUUUGCUUUACGGCAGUGAUGGCCAAACUUGGCCCUCCAGCUGUUUUGGGACUACAACUCCCAUCAUCCCUAGCUAACAGGACCAGUGGUCAGGGAUGAUGGGAAUUACGCUUUAUGGGAAAUACCCCAAAAAAGUUUACCAGAUCACAUCCUAUAAAUUUAUUGUAAUGUUCUGCUGUAGUUGAAAUAUCCCUUGGAUCAGUUCUGUUUUAAUAAUUGACAAUACGCGAGAUUCUGCUUGCUGGAUUCCCAGUGAGGCAUCUAGUCAGCCACUGUGAGAACAGGAGGCUGGACUGGGUGGGCUCUUUUCAGGCAAAGCCCUGGUCGGUGCAGGAGGGAGCCAGACCCCAGAGGCCAGGACAGGGCCGGAUUGAGGUUGGAUGAGGCCCUCAGCUCCUGAAGUUAAUUGAAACUAAUAAAAAGAAGUUAAAGGACUUCCGGCGAGGCAGCAUGGCGGCUGCAACAGCAGAAAAGAGCUCCUGAAGCCAGCCAGAGUAAAAGGCUCUGUCUGGCCGACUCCCGGGCUCCCAGGACUGCUGCCGCCAGCACCGCCAGCGGAGAGGAAUCGGGGGUGCCCGGGCAUCUAUCAAAGGAGGCAAAACACACACACCCCACGACUGAGAUUGAGCCGGAAAGGCACCCGACCACCCCCCCAACAGCCGAGAGGAGCUCCAAAACCAGGAGGACAGUGGAGCUAACGCAAAGAGGGAGAAAGAAAGGGGGAGAGAGGAAGAAAAAGAAAGAAAGAAAAAGGAGCCCCAAAUUUACCGCUGCUGCCCCCAUCUCUGCCGACGGGAAAGCAGAGGAGAGGUAGGUGAGCACGGCAAGGCAAAAAAGGCUCCGGAAAAAAACACGUGGCUGAGCGUGCAAGGGAAACUCAGAGAAGCCGCAUAACAAAGGAGAUCACAGAAAGGAAGAAACUACCUUUCCCCCCCCCUUUCUUUUUUUUUAACCCCCUUUUUUUAACCCCUUCCUCCCCCUCCCUCCCCCUUUAAAAAAAAUAUAUAUCUUUUUUAUCCCUCCCCCCCCCAUAUACCUACUUUUAUCGCAUUUCUUUUUAAAAGAGGGGCCACGGCUGCUGCAGCCACCCUUUAUGUGAAUCUUUAUUUUUAUUUCUAUCUUUUCUACACACUAUUUAAAGACACACUUUUCCACACACACACCCUCAAUUUAAACCUCAUUUUAUUUCCACCUCAAACUCCCCUCUUAAGAAUUAAAAUGGCAGUACCCAGAAAACAGCCCUGAACCAUCACAGGCCAUUUCCUGGGACUGCCACUUCGCCCCAGACUUUCCACUCUCUUUUACCUAUCCUCUUUUACCUAUACUUUACUCAUUUUUUAAAAAAAUAAAAAUAAAAUAAAAAGCUCUAUCUAUCUAUCUAUCUAUCUAAAGAACCCCCCCUUUUUUUUACCUUUAAUUCUCAUUUUUAUCUUUUACCCGUACAUUUUUAAUUACUUUUUUACAAACAAAAAAUAAUAACAAUAAUUAGGGGGAAAUAUUAUUAUUAUUAUUAUUAUUAUUUUAAAAAAAACCAUACAAUUAUUUUUUCCCCCUCUUUCUCUUUUUAAAGCCCUUUCUUUUCUAUUUGUUGGCUUGUUCUUGAGGGGGGAAUCUUUUGCCCCCAGCUACGACCACCACUCUCUUUUAAAACAAAAAUUUCCUCCAUAUCACUGCUAUUGCUAUUGAUACUCUCCCCUUCAACUUCCCCCCUUUUUUAUUUUUCUCUCCCGUUUUGCUCUCCCCUCUCUCUCUUCACCCCUCCUCAUUUUUUCCUUUUAUCCCACCUUUCAUUUUCCAUCCCCAAUUUUGUUUUCUAUCCCUUUUAUUUUUUAAAAUCAACCCCCCCUUUUAGCCUGUUCGUCAGUUUGUUUUUGAGAGGGGAGCCCUUCCCCCCCCCACUCCCUCUUUUAAAAUAAGACUUUCCCCCAUACCAUUACAGCAGCUCACCCUCCCUCCCUCCCCUCUCCCCCUCUCUUUUCUUCUCCUUCCUUUUCCCACCCUUCCCCCUCCUCCUCUCCUUUUCUCUCCCUCCUCCCUCUCUCCAUCCCCCCCUUCCCCUAAAGGAAACACAUACACACAUUCAUAUCACCCUAUCAUAAUUUGCCCCCCUCAUACUAUAGCUAAAACUACUGCUGCAUUCUAAUACCGCUGAUAUUACUGUACUAUCUCUCCUCUCUCUUUCAACUCUCUUUUUGUCUCUCUCUCUCUCUUCUCUUUUACUCCAAUCUCCCCUCUCCCCUUCUUCUUUCUUUCUUCUUCUUCUUCCCUUUUUUUCUCCCUCCACCCUUUACAUAUAGCCUAUUUGUCUGUCUCUGUUUCUGAGCGCACUCCCAACCCCAACUUCCACCUUAACUGGACCCCAAUACCCCUUUUGGGCAUAUACAACCCCUCCUAAACACAUAUUUCCCCGGCCCCACCCCUCUAAUCUCUUGCAUCUCUACCUGCUAACCCCCCUCCCUUUAUAUGAACUGUCUGUCCGUUAGUCUACCCAUCUCUGCUUACCUGCCCCCCCCCCCGCCUCGGCGGCACCGCUGAGACAUCUACAAAAGCCCUAGAGAAGUUCUUAAAACACAGGCUAGAAGUGACACAAAUGACCACCUAAUCCAAACGCUCUGUAAAAGCCACCAGCCAACAAAGCCUGAUCAGCUCAGCAUCCCAACAAUACCCAGGAAUCACCACUGCCACAACUCCUAACCACCACACGCCCCACCCCAAGAGGACGCCAAGCCAACCUCAAACCAAAACCAUUAGGGAGACCGAGAAGACACCAACCAGGGAGAUGGCAAACAAUGCUAAGAUGGUAACUCCCCUUCAAGAUGAUGACCACCCAAUAACGAAACGAGAUCUGAGGGAAAUGGAAGCAAGAUUAGAAGCACGAUUAGAAGAAACACUGAAGGCCACAAUGGCUCCCAUGCAGGUACUAAUCAACAAUCUAACCUCCAAAGUGGAAGCUCUAGAGAACAAGAACCAAAUGCAAGAAAGAAUAAUAGAGCAAUACCGGGAGGAGAACGCACGUGUGAACAAGAAACUGGACGAACUGGUAAACCAAAUGGAAGCAGAACACAGAGAGAUGAAAAUUAAGCAAGCCGACCUUGAAGACCGCAAUAGACGUUGUAACAUCCGCUUCCGCAACUUUCCUGAAAAACAGAGGAGAAAAGCCCAGCAGACCUAAUUAUACGCUGGCUGAAAAACACAAUCCCAAGCCUGAAACUUGAGGCAGAUGACUUGGAGAGGGCUCACAGAGCCCUAAAACCUAUGCCAAAACCCAGCGCCCCCCCAAGAGACAUCAUUGUAUGCUUCACACGCUACAAAAGAAGGAAGAGGUAUGGAACCACCUCAAAAACUCAACCAACCUUCGAUAUGGAGAAACCCCCAUUCUGGCCUUACAGGACCUAUCUCAGGAUACCCUAAACCGGAGGAAAAGCCUGCGCCCAUGCACCCAGCGUCUCCAACAAGCAGGGAUCAAAUACCGAUGGGGCUUCCCUUCCGCCUCAUUGUAACAACCAAUACAACACAACACAUGGCUACCAACAUACCUGAGGCCCUGCAAAUACUAAAGAACCUUGAACUCGACCUCCCACCGGAAUGGCAACCGACAAACCCACCAAGUGACAGCCCCAACCACGAGGAAACAACAGCAAACAACUGGACAACGGUACAGAAGAAAAAGAAACAACAGAAGUGGCACAACAACGCAAACCAAUACAGGCAAGCAUCAUGCUCAGAACCGUCCCGCCGGCCAUACGACACAAGAAACCAGACCAAGAUUAACCAAACCAAUUCAUCGCAGAUGGACAACCCUACAACAACAACAACCCCAGCUGAAUGAAGCAACCAGGAAAAAACCACAAACUGAAGGACUGGUGAUUUCCCUCCCCUUUCCCCCUCUCUCCCCCCCCCCCAAAACAUAGAUUUAGUUAACACCAUCAACAUCCCCCCCAGCCCCGCACCCCCACAGGAAUCCUCACCCCAACACCUGUCCAGACGACCUCAACCACAUUCCCCAUCACCCACACCUUCAACACCCCCAUACUCCAUACUAGGGAAAAACAACUCCUCCAACCUUAAUAACACAACCCACAAUCAGGCUAAAAUCUGAUACCCAACCAGCACUAUGGUGGCACCAGAGCGUACCAGCACCCACAUCCCCACCCCAACACACCAACAAUGUUGCUCAUAACAUUGGCAACAUUGCUUAUGAACCUUAUACCUGACAGCGACGUUACAAAGUCACUUCACACUGUCUCACUGAUCACCCCCUAUCGCAAACAACAGGGGGGAUGGCCUGUCCUUGAACACGGCCUUCCACACCAGCUGAGACCUAGGACCAACUGGCUAAAUGCCAGAUGGCCUAAAAUACCCCAAACAAACACCUAUAUGACUACAUAUAGGAAACUCUCUACAACUUACCCCCUACUCUUUAACCCAAAUCUUACUCUAAUCCCAUUAGCCCCCCACCCACCACACCCUAGGUCAGCGCAACCCCACUGGUUCUUUAAACAACACGAAGAGAGAGACACAAGACAACCCGAACGGGUUGGCAGGGAUCGCCCCACAUAAUAGAUAAGCAAGAUGGCUAACCUAAAAGCAAUUACAUUAAACGUGAGGGGGCUGGGAAACCCCAUCAAAAGAAAACGCAUCACCUCAUACAUAAACACCAUGAAACCACACAUCACCUUCCUACAAGAAAUACACAACCCACCCAAAGGCAGCAAACUCCUGAGCGACCCCUGCUUCAGUCAACAGUGGGUCGCACAAGGCUCAGGGAAAGCUCGUGGUGUAGCCAUAAUACUCAGUAGAGACCUGAACUUCACUGCCACAACAGUCCUCAAGGACAAAAAGGCAGAUUCAUUUUCGCUAAAGGGACACUAGAUGGCAAAAUCAAACUGACAAUCGGCUCCAUAUAUGCCCCAAACACGAAACAAUUAGAAUUCUUCCAGAAGACACUAAACAAAUUCCUCUCCUUCUCUGAAGGGGAAGCAAUCCUAGGAGGGGACCUCAAUCUAAAUAUGAAAGGUAUAUCCCUGAAAGAUAUCCACCCCACAACCCCAUGGGCAACCUUCCUCCGAAGGAAACCCCCAACAACCAGGAACUCUUACAAGUUACUAAAAAUGCUAAAAAAACGGGUCUCUACGACAUUUGGGGUGAGCAAAACCCGGGAGACAUCAGCCAUACAUUCCAAUCGGGACGCCAUGAUACAGUGUCCAGACUGGACAGCAUUCUACUCACACAGGGUCUGAUCCCCUCAGUAGAAUCAACAAACAUAGGUAACAUUAAAAUCACAGACCACGCCCCAGUAGAAGUCAUUGUUAAAAUAGGAGAAGGAACACAAACCACCCCAUCAUGGUCCUUCAGUCCCAUCCUAACUACAAACAAACAAAUUAGAGAGAGUCUCACAAAAACCCUCCAAAACUACUUCAAAGAAAACGAUGUAAACAAUAUAACAACCCCCCUCCUAUGGGACGCAAUGAAAGCGGUCACCAGAGGAGCUUGCAUAAAAGAGAAAACAUUCCUUAAAAAACAAACCUCCUCAAAAAUUAGCAAAAUAGAACAAGACAUCACAGCCCUCUCAUCACGCUACAAACAAACAGGAUCUAAAAAACUCCUCAAACUUAUAGAACGAAAAGGAGAGAACUAGACUCCCUAGAAAUUAACAAAACAAUGAUCAACAUUCUAUACUCUAAACAACGUUUCUACGAAUAUGGAGGAAAAACUCCAGAUUACUAGCAAAUAGAUGUAGGAAAAAAGCACUCAAAACAAGAAUACACUGCAUCACCAAAAAGACGGCAACAUAACAUUCUCCCCGAAGAAAUAACCUCAGAAUUUGCAGAAUUCUACUCCAACCUAUACACCUCCCAUAACCCACCAGAGAAGGAAAUCAGAACAUUUCUAGCAGGACUGACCAUGCCUACCCUAACUGAUGAGGAACAGGAAUUCAUGGACAGCCCUAUCACCCCAGAGGAAAUAGAUGCGGUCCUCAAAAACCUGAAACCACACAAAGCCCCAGGCCCAGAUGGCUUCACAGCAGAAUUCUAUAAGAAAUUCAAAGAACCCUUGAUGCCCUACAUGACCCGCCUAUUCAACGACAUCAUAAAAGGGGGCCCCAUCCCCAAAACCUGGACCCACUCCAAAAUAGUCUCCAUCCCAAAACCACUAAAAGACAGCCUCAAAGUAGAAUCAUACCGCCCAAUCUCAUUAAUAAACCAAGACUACAAGAUAUUCACAUCAAUCUUGGCCAACCGCCUAAAAAUCUUCCUACACAAGUUAAUAGCCCCAGACCAGACUGGCUUUGUCCCUGGCCGCAAUAUAACAGACCCCAUCAGGAAACUACUGAACCUGAUCGAACACAGCAAGGCAACCAAACUCCCAUUGACAAUUAUGUCCCUAGACAUCCUCAAAGCCUUUGAUUGCUUGGAGUGGAAAUACAUAUUAGCAGUACUAACUAACAUGAAAUUUGGCCCCAACUUCCUACAAAUCCUCAAACAAAUAUACUCCCAAGCCUCAGCAAAAUGCAGAACUAACAAUAUGGAUUCUAACACUAUAGCUAUCCAAAGAGGCACGAAACAAGGAUGCCCACUGUCUCCCUUCUUAUUUAUCCUGGCUCUGGAACCCCUAGCAAUCCGCAUCCGAGCAGCCACAGACAUCAAGGGAGUGGAAAUAAAAGGCAGAACCUAUAAAUUAGGGCUCUUUGCAGAUGACCUAAUGGUCACAACACCAGACCCCAUAAGCACAGCAACCUCCCUAAUCAGAGAACUCAACACAUUUGCAAUGGUGUCGGGCCUACAGGUAAAUUUUACAAAGUCAGAAGCUAUGUGCUUCAACACCCCUCCUCACACCCAAAAAGAACUCACGAAGGUCACCAAAAUAAAACUUUGCCACACCAAGUUCAGAUACCUAGGGGUACAAAUAACCAGAAACCUCAAUAAAUUGUACCUCCACAACUACAAGCCCCUGUGGCGACAAAUUAACAAAGACCUAAAGAGAUGGAAUAACAUGAACUUCACUCUCUCAGACAAAAUAGCCAUGAUCAAAAUGAUCACACUCCCAAAACUAACCUACCUAUUCCAAACCCUCCCAAUCUGGAUCCCCUCAACCCAACUUCGCAGUUGGCAGAGAAAACUACACUCUUUCAUCUUCUCACAUAAAAACCAAGAAUAAGCCCCAAAUACCUGCACCUCCCCACCUCAGAAGGAGGAUGGGGAAUCCCCAACAUAGAAGCAUAUUACAAUGCCAACCAAAUACGCCACAUAAUCCCAUAUAUACUAGAAGAUGAGACAAAACAAUGGGUACACCUAGAGAGGGACACAAUUGAAAACACCUGCACCACAACAUACCCACUCCUCCCAAACAAACUAAAGAAAAUUCCCACAACACUUAACAGGUACACACAGACCAUGCUCAAAGCAUGGAAAACACAAAUAGGCAAACUAUCCCCAACCCCAUCCCCACUAAUCCCCCUGGCGUACCACCCAUUAUUCCACCAUGCAGCACAAAACCUCAAGAUAAAAACCUGGCGAACCAAAGGCUUAUAUCGCCUAAUAGACUUUUAUAAAAAUAACAAACCCUUGUCAACACAAGAAAUACAAGACAAACUAGAAGACACCCAAAUGCCCUGGUUAACACAACACCAACUACAUGCCCUCUUAAACAACCCAACAGUAAAAUCAGCAGCAACUAGGCCCCUGACAACCUUCGAAAACCUCCUCCUAACAACAAAGGGAAACGGUAAAGGGACGGUAUCCGCAAUAUACAAAAUACUACUCCAUAAUCCCGCAAAUCCCAUACACCCAAUCAAAAAACAAUGGGAGAAUGACAUAGGCUAUGACAUUAACCACACUCAAUGGACCAGAAUGUGGUCUAAACCCCCCAUUAAAUCCAUAUCAACGAAAAGAAAAGAACUCACACUGAAACUCACCUACAGGUGGUACCUAACACCAAGGAAACUAGCGCUAAUACACCCAGGAACCUCACCAAAAUGCUGGAGAGGGUGCACCUCCACAGGCACAUACCUCCACAUGUGGUGGGAGUGUCCCAAAAUCCAACUAUUCUGGACAACAGCCAUACAAGAAAUAUGUAAAAUAACUAAGCAAGUAAUAGACAUCACCCCAGAAUUGGCCCUACUAAACAUCUUCCAAGACAACAAUGCCCAUUUACACCACAAAGAACUCAUAACCCACCUGCUCUCAGCAGCCAGAAACACCAUAACCAGACACUGGAGAGACCUGUCAGGAGUAAGCAUGGACCAAUGGUACCAAAUAGUAUGGGAAACAGCCCUACUAGAAAAAUUAACUAAUAAACUGAAACUGACACGGGGACAAACAGAAGAAGACGCCUUCACUCCGGUAUGGCUCCCCUUUAUCACAUACACAGCCCAACAGGACAAUGACAAUAAUCCACCAACAGCAUACAAAUCAAUAUGGCUAACCUGAUCCAAAACACCCACCCACCUCACUCACACAUGAAAAGAAAGAUCACCACAGCCAAUCACAAGCAAACAAUCACACCCUAGGCCAACCCCAACCUCUCUCACCACCAAAGGAACACAAGUGAACAACACAAGCAACGCUAACACCAAACUCUACAUACAUUAAACAUAAUAGAAACACCGCCACCCGACCCCACCCCAUCCAUCUUCCCUCUCUCCACCCCCCUGUCUUUUUCUUUUUUUUUUCUUCUCCCCCUAAUGCCUCAACAAAUGAAACGGAUUUGUAAAAAUGUUACAUGGAAAAAAAAAAUACGAGGCACUACACUUCUGUAAAACAAGAAAAUCCUUAAUAAAAUAUUUUUAAAAAAUUAAAAAAUUGACAAUACACUUGGGAAAAUGGGGUGCCAGGUGAUUUGGAGCCUUUUGCUUUAUAGGACAGGAAAGGUAAUUUUAUCUUGGUGUCUUGCGGUCGAAGAUUGUUAACAAAUGUUUAUAAAUUAGAUACAUUUCAUUUCUGUCUGAACUAUAUAUGUUUUGUUGGAUUUUUGUUGUUGUUUGCCAAGUUUAUGACUGGUAGCAAUACAAAUGAAAUGAACUGUGAAGUCCUUUUCAUCUGUAGCAAAUUGAAUUCAACACAUAUAUCUUAAACAAAAAUGCAAAUCAUUGUGCAACACUAAGACACAAAUCACAACAAAUUAUGUUGUGUGUUUGAUGUACUAGUAUGCAACAAUGUGUUCUUCGCUAAACAGUAAAUGAUUUGAGAAGUGAUUGUCAUUUAGCAUACAUAUGGGUAUCUUUAAACUAGCAAAGACUAAAAGCUCGGACUCCUCCUUCGCCUCCUGGGGCUAGAAGGAUUCUUGGCUCUGCUAUUUCUCUUUGGCUAGCUGGACUCCACCUUAUGGUCAAGGCAGGAACAAACACUUUGGAAGUAGGUUGAUGCUGCCAUGAUGCUGUGAUUUGCUUCCUGCCUCCAUUGAAUUCAGUCAUGGUUGCUGUUGCCUCAUGUAUGCUCUCCUCGGACUAGUUAUUCUCAACGUAAUUUCUGUCUUGUGCCUCCAUCGUUUCAACUUGUGUUUUCUUCCUCUGUCUGCCUCAACUUUGAGUGUGAUGUGUGUGUAAUAGUGCUAUACUUUUAUUCCUGGUGUCCACCCACCAUUUUAGUGCCCAUUUCCACCACCAUUUUGUUGCAUCUGCCAUUUCAUUUCCACCCCCUCGAAACAAAAAUACACGCUUUCAUCCUCCUUUCAACCAUUUAACUGUUAUUUAAGUUCUUCUCCAUUUUCUUUGGCUGAAAUUCAAGGAAGGGAAUAGACAGGAGUGCCUUUUUCAAUUGUUUUCUGAGUGGAGAUGGGGAAAGUGCCCCUUUAAAUCUGAACAGUAUAUCUGUUUGCAAUCCAUGGGUGGUUUUUUGUUUGUUUGUUUGUAUGUAUGUAUGUUUUGCCGCCUUAUUAGAGACACCUCAGCAGGGCAAAUACAGAAAAGUAGGCAGGCAGAUUAUUCCCAUUCGAUUGCUGCACAGGAGAAGGCUCCUUCCUUGAGCCAUCUAGUUCUGCUUACUUGGCGUGUUGCUCUGGCCAAAUGUGGUUCUCGAAGGAGGCUGUGCCUGCUCCAACAACUAGUAGUUUGGUAACACCCAGCUAUAAUGUCUGAAGGAGGGCUGGCUUGCAGGCAGUCCUGGCCAUGGGAUCCCACAAGCAACAGUUUCAAGGACUACCUCUCCCUGGGGCUUCAGCAGCUAGGAUAAUUUGGUUGUGCACAUUCCAUAGAGUGCAUUUCUGAAGUUUUCAAGGUAUAAUUACUUUCUGUUUCAGCUUUAAAUACAAACCAUUACAUGCAUAGCAGUUGACUGCUUUCUGCUUUGUAGAUUACAGGACUUGACGCUCUAUAAUCCAGAAAGGACCAUUACAGUUAAAGGCAGUAUUGAAACAUGUGCCAAGGCUGAGGAAGAAAUAAUGAAGAAAAUCAGGGAGUCGUAUGAAAAUGAUAUAGCUGCUAUGAAUGUAAGUUGAUUUCUAAUUUGGGGGUUGGGAGGCGGGUAAGUUAGUCAUUUAUUUGAUUUCCUCCCAAUAAAUAUAUUGUGUCUUUUUUACUUCAGUGGAGGAAAGCAUUCAGGUUGAUACCCAACCAUCAGCUUCAUAGAGAGAGACUGAUGCAUAUGUUUGUCCCUUCAGAUGGAAAACCAAUCUAGUUCAGUACACACACAUCAAACCCAUCAUCCCUGGCCAUUCGCUGCAUUUGCUUGGGUUGAUGAGUGUCAGAGUCCAACAGUAUGGGGCCACCAUUUCCCCAUCCCUGUUGUAGGGUGCUUCUGGAAAAUGUUUCAUUACAUUUGUUGAACGAAUAUGAGUUUGUUAUUGGCUGUGCUGCAUGCAUUUUACAGUGAUUGCUUAAUCUGACUUGCAAUACUGCCACAGCACCAUAAGGUGCAUUUUAUUUAAACCUCUUUUUUUGGCUAACACAGUGGUUCAUAGAGUCAAAGUACAAUUGCUUCUAGCAGAGUAGUGACAUCUGCCCUACUUCACGUUGAACAUUUAAAAAAUGAUACAGGAUUUUGACACUUGUUGUUUGCCAAGUUGAAUGUCUCUGAGUUAAAAUGUUUUGAAAUUUGAACGAGAGCACGUUAUUAAGAGGGAGUGGCUAAUCAUCUCCUGUAUCAUUGCAGCUUCAAGCACAUUUAAUUCCAGGACUAAAUCUGAAUGCCUUGGGUCUCUUCCCACCUUCUUCUUCAGGGAUACCACCUCCCACAGUAGGUGUUGCUUCAGCUGCUGCUGCCUCUUCAUAUCCUCCAUUUGGGGUAAUUAUAUAUCUUCCUUUAUUGCAAGCACUUGGUUAUAGCUCUUCAUGUUUUGAAUCACUGGUACCUAUAGGUGAGAAUUGGGCUUAUCAUUGGAUUGUAACAGGGAGCUAGGUUGUACCUCACCAUGUGUUCUGAUCCAAGAUUCCAUUGAGCAGUAUACAAACAAGAAGGAAUGAAAAUUAUUCCAACAGACAUCAUAUGUAGGUGACUCACCUUUUGUAUUUUUGCAUAAUAAGGGCAUGCCCAGCCAUGUCCCCCAUGGAUCAGACAUUAGUGUUGAAUCCUGAGGUUGGUGUAUGUGAUUCCUUUCCCUAUACAUCUUGUUAAGCAAGGCAAAUGAUACAGGACUGCACAUCCCUCUAGUGUGCAGUGUAUAAAGUAAUGUGUAAAUUCAACACAAGAGGGAGUAGUAAGGGGAAGUGAAUAACUGAAACACCAUUAACAGAAUUAGCCAAGUCUUUGGACAGCACUGACACAUUUGCAUGUUUGGGAAAUUGGCAAUCUGCCCCUUGUGAAUGGGGUUGCAUUCCCUCUGAAGGAACAAGUGCAUCGCUUUCAGGUACUCCUGGGUACAUCUUUCUCACUAGAGGCCUCAGUGUCCUCUUUGGCUAGGAGUGCCUUUUACCAGCUUCAUACCACCAGCCUGACCGCUUUAGUCCAGGUGUUGGUAAUCUGAAGGCUGGAUUACUUUAAUGCACUCUAUGUGGGGCUGGUUUGUAAGUUCCAGCUGGUGCAGAAUGCAACAACCAGAUUGCUGAUGGGAGCUUCUGGUCAAGAAAAUGUGACACAAUUGUUAAAACUUCCUGUAUUAAUUUACAAAGCUCUGAUAAACUUAGGACCAGAGUAGCUCAGGGACUGCCAGAACCCUGAUAUCCCAGCUGGAUCACUGAGAUCAUCUGCAGGAGUGUCAAUUGUCUUUCCCCGACUUGGUGAGGUUCAUUUGAUAAUGAGAAACCGAACCUUUAAUGUCAUCAGCCCAGUCCUGUGAAAUACUCUGCCAAUAGAGAUUCAGCAGAUGCCUUCUGUGCCAACUUUCAGACGCCUGCUGAAAACUUUUCUAUUCUGUCAUGUCUUUGCAGGCAAUUAAAAGUAUAUCCUACCACCGUGGUUUACUGAUAUUUAUUUUUGAGUUGUUUUUAAAUUUUACUGUACAGUUUUAUGUUUUUACUGUUGUAAACCACUUUUAUAUAGCUUUAUGAUAUAGUGAUAUACUAAUAUUUUUAUAAAUAACUCAUACAUGUGAUUAUAGGCUGCCUUUUAGGGCAUAACCAUUCCAACCGUCAGCUUACAUAAUCCAAAAUACACUAGAAACAAGAAAAUGAAGAUAUUAUAAGAGCAACAUAUUUAUUUAUUUUUUAGGCCACAAUUGAAAUGUUAAUGCAACAGCAACAUGGAUUCUAUAAUAGAGGAGGGAAGAUAAACAAUGCAGUGAGAAGCCCUGCAUUAGAGCACACUCUAAUGUAACAGAAAGGGAUGGAACUACUAGUAUCAUUGGCAGUACAGAGGAGAAGCUAAUUGGGGCAUUAAGUUUAUUCCCCAAAGACAUCCUUUCUAAAGUCGCUUUGAUGGGAGGACAGCAACCGGCAUGGGAAGAGGGCCUGUCCCCUGGGCUGGAAAGGGAGUCUCCAAUUUCAUACCAUAGGAGGCAAAGUCUCAGUGCUCACUCCCAAAACAACUUCUGCCUUUGACAUAAGAGGCAGGUUCCAGCUAGACUGUGUUCUAGUGAGCUUGCCAAAAGAUGACAGGCACAUUUAAGAAAAGAAGAAAACUGGAGCGAGGCAGAAGAGGGAGCCAUCUAAAGAUGUUGUCUAGAACUAUGCAGAUAAUUUCAGCGUACCUGAUUUUGUCCGUUCAUGGGAAUGAGGGACAAAAUAGAAAUGUGCCAAAAUAGAGGGGGAAAUUUUCUAAAGUUUUGAGGUGUUAGGUGUAGCUUGCCCUAGUAAUUACUAAGACAAGGGAGGAAGCUUUUUCCCGCCCCCCAGCUUAAAAAAAGUGUUGCGUGUCAACUCCCACCAAACCACAUUCCACUUCUGGGUCAUGAUUCCAUGGAAAUUCUGGACCUGGAAUCCUGGAAGUGGAGUACAUCGCAGAGGCUUGGAAGGAGAUGGUGUGUGAUAUUUUCCUUUAAAAGGAGGAGAUAUAAAUGUCCCAUCUUGUUUAAAUAUAAACCAUCCCCAUCUCAGCCCUAGAAGGUAUUUUUAAGGAAAGCCACCACCAUCCUGAAAACCUCUGAGAAAUGUUAACCCAGAAAUCACCCUGGGGGCACAAAUGGUCACUCAAAAGAGGGGUGAUUUUCAGGACAGUGUUCAUGUUGCCACUCAAAAUGCUGUGCAGACAAGUAUUAACUGUGGCUUAGGCAUCUAGAAAUUUGCAUGUCCUGGAAGGCAUCUUAGUCCGCACUGUAAUCUCUUCGGAAGCUUUUCUUUUACAAUGACAGUCAACAUCACAUAAUAUCAAACAAGCUGAGCUAUUAAUGGGUGGUCUGGGCCUAUUGUGAUAGUUCUUCUCCCCUGCCCCCAGCAGUUGUCUCGUUUUUGCUCCAGUCCUAUUGGCACUCACCAUCAGAAUUGGCUAUUGGAGGAGCUUAGACCAAAGAGUUUCUACUAGUGCAUAAGUAUGCAUAUGGCGACAUAUGACAGGGAAACGUGGUGUUUCAUCCAAAGCUUUUAUUCCUCCACAGGAACCUUUGGAGCUAACAAAUUGUGAAAUUGUUUUAGCUAUGCUUAACAUAACUGAUUAUUUUAUAUGUGUUUACUUGCAAUAUUGUUUGUGCUUCUUUCAAUAUGUGAAUCAGAGCCUACACUAGUGCUCUAAGUUCUGUCACCACCAAGAAGUUUGUGUUUGGUUUUGUUCCCUGGAUUUUCUUUGUGUGCUUUGGUUUUCUGUUUUUAAAUAUAGCUGAAGCAUAAUACGUCUGCAUAAUCUGACUUCAGUAAAGAUAAUGAACUCAUUUUAUAAGAUUACUUCAGGAUGUAUUGGACAUAGUAACUGAGUCCAGAGGGGUAUCUCUUACAAUAAAUGACUGAAAAAACAAUUUGUUUCGUGCUACAUAUGGCUUUUCAAUAGAGGUAAUAAUGGAAUCGUGUAUUAACAGAAAGAUGUCAACCCAAUAUGUCAGACAUUGUAAAUCAUUGUGUAUUAAAUAGUAGAACACCUUAAUCAACCAGUUAUUCUUUAUAAAUCAGUCCAUGGGGUCAUGAAGAGUCGGACACGACUAAACGACUAAACAAAACAAAAGAUAGACAGAUACAUAACAAUGAAGUUAAAGUCCUUUUUUAAUGUUAUGGGACUGCUGCCAAGAGAAUCCAGGUGCUGCCCGCAAGAGACUUCAUUAGUAAUAAUAAAACAUUUUUAUUUAUACGCCACCCUACUGACAGGGUUGCCCCAGCUACUCUGGGCAGCUUCCAAUAAAUUUAAACAUCGAACAGAGUAAAAUAUCAGACAUUAAAAACUUUGCUAUAUAGGGCUGCUUUCAGAAGUCUUCUAAAAGUCAGAUAGUAGUUUAUUUCCUUGACAUCUGGUUGUAACCUUAAAGUUUGCCGCUGAUCAUGUAAUGCAAAUUUUUUUGCUACAUUACUCUUGUGAGUAGUUCUUAAAACACAAAAAUCUAGAGUUGCAUAUUUAGAAACCUGGUGCAUUUAAUCUUUCAGGUAGAAUGCAUUUCUUUGUUGUUUGAAAACAGCUACUCAGCCACACAGGGUGGUUGGAAAUAAGGCGUAUCUGUUUGCUUUCAGUUGGCAACUACAGCUUGAUUGCUACCGUUCAGAUGGUUCAUUGCCUGACCUUUCCCCCCACUUACCUAUUCCAGCAACAGCCAGAGUCUGAGACUGUUCAUCUGUUCAUCCCAGCCUUGGCAGUGGGUGCCAUUAUUGGCAAGCAGGGGCAACACAUCAAACAACUUUCUCGUUUUGCAGGUGCAUCUAUUAAGGUAAUAUUAAACUGAUCAACUUCGAAUAUCCCCAAUCUUUAUAACUGUCAGCAAGUUUCUGCAAGUUUUCUCUGUUCCUGCGUCUACCUUAGACACCCUGCUUUGACUGUAAAGCAGUAAAUGGUACUCUCUGCUUCAGAGACAAGAUAAUUGCAAACAUGUUUCUAGAAGUUCUUUGAGGGGUGAAAUAUAAGCUGUUAAACAAACCUGCCACCUUGGUGGGCUUGACUUUUUGUUCUUUAAGAUGGUUUAGACCUUUGGGCCAUGUUUUUUAAUUGAAGCUUAUUUUGCCAUAAUGUACAGAGCUGAAAAUGAGAUUUUAGUUAACAAACAUGAAAGCAAUUUAACUGUUGGGGUUUUCAUGUUGCUUCAAAUGUUUUUAGUUCAAAAUAAGACGAGCGUAUAGUUCGCCUGUGAGGUGAUUACAGUUUGGAAAAUCCACUCUCUAGAAUUAAGGCUGCAACCCUUAUUACCUGGGUGUAAGCCUUGUUGAAAUCAGUGGAGUUUCCUUUUGCAUGGGCAAGUAUAGGAUUGUGCUAUAAAUACAGUUCAUUAUCAACAAUUCUGAGUCUGCCUUGAUGGUUGAGCCAACAUAGCAGAGGGUAUGUGGGUAGGACUUGCAUUCACCUUUCUUGUUUUGAAGUAGGGAUAAGAGGUUAUUGGUUAGAAUUUUUCUCUGUUAAUGUUCAAAGGAUUUUUUCAGUGAUUGUGUCAUACAGUGUAUCUGACUAGUGAUCUUACCUCUUCAUACAUCAUUCUCCCUGUCUCUCUCUCUUCCUGCUCCACCCCCCAGUUCUGCUGGCGCUACUGAAAUUUUCCAUGAUCUCACCUCUCAGCUUUCUCCAGCUCCAUUUUCUAGGAAAUAUAGGCUUAGCCUAUAAUCACAAAUCCAUGGAUGGAGUAGUAAGAUUGACUGACAUCAGGAACACAUUAUUUCCCUUUUUAAAAGCAAUCACCAGUGGAUUUGUACCCUCAUAUAUGGGUUCACAAUUUGUAGGAAAACAUUAACACUAAUAUCCAUGCUUAAUGUUGCUAGUGCAUUUGUACUGGAACAGCAGGAUGGUGGUGGUUUUCAUUUAAAAACACCACCCUAUUAUUCAUCUCAUUGAAUAGUGAGGAGAGGGCAUCCAAGAAGUUCCUAAUCUGUCACUUCUUUUCUAGAUUGCACCUGCCGAAGGACCAGAUGCAAAGCUGAGAAUGGUGAUAAUCACUGGACCACCAGAGGCACAGUUCAAGGUAUAGUGUUCAGCAACUAUCUGGCUCUUGUGCUAUCUUGACUUUCAUUAAUUGUUUUAAGACAAAACAUGCAUAGUCAAGAGAAGGUGAAAAUCCUUCUGCCUCGUUGAGUAAGUUGCUUAUGUGUGAUGUUCCAUUUGUUGUUUAGUCGUGUCCAACUCUUCAUGACCCCAUGGACCAGAGCAUGCCAGGCACUCCUGUCUUCCGCUGCCACCUGCAGCUUGGUCAAAUUCAUGUUCAUAGCUUCAAGAACACUGUCCAACCAUCUCGUCCUGUUGUCCCCUUCUCCUUGUGCCCUCAAUCUUUCCCAACAUCAGGGAGUCUACUCUUCUCAUGAGGUGGCCAAAGUAUUGGAGCCUCAGCUUCAGGAUCUGUCCUUCCAGUGAGCACUCAGGGCUGAUUUCCAUAAGAAUUGAUAGGUUUGAUCUUUUUGCAGUUCAUGGGACUCUCAAGAGUCUCCUCCAGCACCAUAAUUCAAAAGCAUCAAUCCUUCGGCGAUCAGCCUUCUUUAUGGUCCAGCUCUCACUUCCAUACAUCACUAGUGGGAAAACCAUAGCUUUAACUAUACGGACCUUUGUUGGCAAGGUGAUGUCUCUGCUUUUUAAGGUUUGUCAUUGCUUUUCUCCCAAGAAGCAGGCGUCUUUUAAUUUUGUGGCUGCUGUCACCAUCUGCAGUGAUCAUGGAGCCCAAGAAAGUAAAAUCUCUCACUGCCUCCAUUUCUUCCCCUUCUAUUUGCCAGGAGGUGAUGGGACCAGUGGCCAUGAUCUUAGUUUUUUUGAUGUUGAGCUUCAGACCAUAUUUUGCGCUCUCCUCUUUCACCCUCAUUAAAAGGUUCUUUAAUUCCUCCUCACUUUCUGCCAUCAUGUUAAGCAUAAAAGCGUAUACCUGUUAACAUUUUUAAAUGUAGGUAGAAGAAACUAUGUGGCGACUGUUUUAAAUGCAGCCAAUCAGCAAAAUCAUGGUAGUGUUAUUUGCAGUCCUCAGUUCAAUUUGCUCCUUCGCAGAAACAGUACUUCCAUGUCUCUCUGCACUGUGCUUCCAUAACUGCAAAUUCAAUGCUCCUGGUGUGGUUUAGGGGUUUUCUUUUUCUUUCUCCUAAUAGUUAGUUCCACCCUCUUCUAGUCACCACCAGAAGCUUGUACAUUCUCAUCCUGAUGUCAUUUGUGUCAGGUGCCAAAAUGUAAAAUGAUGGUAUGAAUUUAUCAAAACUGUAAUUUAAUUAUUUUGAACAUAAUCUUCAGAUUUGUUUCUACCAUUAUGCCUACUGCUGAUAACAUGGAAUUAGAAAGGAAGCAUAAUCUUUUCUGUAGCUUCAUGGGGUUGGUAUGUAGGGCUGAAUUUAGUGCCAGACUGAUUUGAUUGGCAUAUAUUUUAUUUUAAAGGCCCAAGGAAGAAUCUAUGGGAAACUUAAGGAAGAAAAUUUCUUUGGACCUAAGGAAGAAGUGAAACUUGAAGCUCAUAUAAAAGUGCCGUCCUAUGCUGCUGGUAGAGUUAUUGGUAAAGGAGGCAAAACGGCAAGUAGCUGACGAAAAGUUGACUAAUAAACCAAUUAUUUUAAAAAACAACAACCCAACAACCCCAAUUUAUAUUAUAAAACAUGGUACAGCAGUGCAGUGAUUGUACAAUUUGUUUUACACAGGUAAACGAGCUUCAGAAUUUGACAAGUGCCGAAGUUGUAGUUCCUCGUGACCAGACGCCAGAUGAAAAUGAUCAGGUGGUUGUGAAAAUUACUGGCCAUUUCUAUGCAUGCCAGGUACGUGUAAACAGAGGCCUUCAAUUUUUUCAGUGAUGUACCCCAAAGACAAGAAUAGAAAUGUAGUUAUAAAUGAGCUGGCAUGAAAUUUUCCCUUGAACCCAUUGAAAUGUCACUGUUAUCUUUGUAGUCCUGACAAGAAAACAAGGGGGAAAUACUGUUACUAGUUCAACUAUCAAUAAAUACUGGAUUAUUUUAAAUUGUGGGAUUCUCUCCCCUUGCUUCCUGCCUUUUGGUGAGCAGCAAAAACUCAUUUUUACACAUUUACUGUGUAAGUUAAUGAUUUUUAUGUGGCUGGUUUUAUAUAUGUACUGGUAUAUUUAAUUAGCUGUUGAGAGAGAACAUUUUAAUGGUUUAAUCGUUGUAGCAGCAUUUUUCAGGGACCAAAUGUGCUAUCUGCUGUGCACAUUUAUAAUUGCAGUCGUCUUUAUUUUGAAGGUAUUUACAGUUGCAAAUGCAUUUGAAUAACAUAAUGGGGGGGGGCAGGGAGAAAGAGAUGAGAAAGCAAGCAGUACGAAAGUCAACCUAACAUGACAGGUGAUGGUUGGAAUUUUGUUAACUCUCUGCAGCUUGCCCAGCGAAAAAUUCAGGAAAUUCUGGCUCAGGUAAGAAGGCAGCAGCAGCAACAAAAGACAGCGCAAAGUGGACAGCCACAGCAGAGACGGAAAUAAAGGUUUAGGAAAAGACCCUUCGGAGACAGAUGCCAGACCAAAGAGAGAGACUGUAACGGACAGGUUCUGGGCACCUGUUGGAAUGAUAUGCAGAUGUUUCACAAAGCCAGUCACUUGUUUGAGGACCAGGCCACAGUUGGCAUGCUGUCUCUGAGAAUGUAUUCUUUAGGCUCUCUUACUUUUGAAACCCAGCUUUAAACUUAAGGACCCCUUCACUUCCCUUUUGUUCUAUUCCUCACAGUUUAACAUAAACUUGUUAGUCUUCUUUUAUUGUUCUUGCUAUUUC